CUUGGGACCACCUUCUGUUGGCUUUAACCUCUCCUACUCUUGACAUCUGAGUAGCUCUCAAAAAGCUCAUCUUGGUCAGAGUACGCUGCUCGAGCAAAGGAGACUGGCCACCAGGCUGAAGACCUGGAUUAUCUGAUCUGUACUGAACGUGUGUCGUUACUGUUUGGGAAAAAUAUCAAUUUACAGUGAAAAGUGACAGCCUUGUGGAGUUUAAUCCUUGCUAACUCUCCAGCCUGCAACUUGAAACUUGCAUGCCAUGGAACACACACUAUUUGGCUGCCUGCGCAGCCCCCAUGCCACUUCUCAGGGCCUGCAUCCCUUUACCCAAUCUUCAAUUUCCCUUCAUGGAAGAUCUGACCAUAUGUCCUAUCCUGAUCUGUCUUCGUCUUCGCCCUCGUGCAUAAUCGCUGGCUAUCCAAAUGAAGAGGGCAUGUUUGGUAACCAACAUCACAGAGGGCACCAUCAUCACCAUCAUCAUCACCAUCAUCACCAGCAGCAGCACCAGAACUUGCAAUCUAACUGGCACAUUCCUCAGAUGUCCUCUUCUCCUGCCUCUGCCAGGCAUAGUCUUUGCUUACAGCAGGAAUCGGGACCUCCAGAUCUAGGAAACAGCCCCCCUAUUUUGUGUUCAAACACAUCAAGUCUGGGCACUAACAACUCUCCUGGUGCAGCGUGUGUGACGGGGGACUAUGGCAGGCAGACCCUGUCCCCUGCUGACACAGAGAAGAGGAGCGGAAAAAGAAAAAGUGACAGUUCAGGUAAGGCUUAUCUGCAGCAGAUUGUCAAUAGAACUCUGCACUUGUAUGUUUAACUUUAAGCUGUGCUGACUUCUAUAGGGCUGUCAGUCUAGCAGACUGUAUAAGUGUCUUUCUCAGAUAUAAUCACAAACCUAUCUAAGCAUCUUACAGCACCGCUAGUAUUUAAUUGUAGCAACAUUUUGUCAGUCACAAAUCUUUAGUGCAAAGUGAGUUAAUACUGUAGCCUGAUCAUAUAAAGCUGUUUAACCCUUUAAGCACCAUAGUUGUGUGAAAGGCAUAUGACUUGUUAAAUAGCAUUUAAAGGGGCAGGGAUAUUUAUCCAGUACAUUUUAUAUUUAUUUAUUUAUUACUGGCAUUUAUAAAGCGCCAACAUAUUCCGCAGCGCUGUUCAAUGGGGAAAGACAACACAAUAAGAACAGACCAAUACUAAAGUUAGAGGGCCCUGCCCGUGAGCUUACAAUCUAAAGGUAUUUAAUUGCACCAUCUAUUUUACUGCAUGUUUCUGCUUCUAAUGAUUCUCACAUUUUAAGACACACAUGUGAAAGUGACACAUCAUUUUGGUUUAAGUAUGUAGCAUUUGUUUUUAAAGUACAGUCAGUCCUUGUCACAAAAGUUAAAUCACACUUUGUGCACCAUAAAUGCUUUACAAAUAAUAAAUAUAUAUUAUAUCACACUCAUUUAUGAAAUAUGUACGUUUCUCACACCUAGUCUUAUUUUGGAAAAGUAUAUAACUUUAACAAUGUGCAGCGUAUCUUAAUCACAUUGCUUGGAGAUAAAGUGGUUCACGGAAGUGAAUAUAUAAAGAUUUCUGUUAAAUUCAUUUCUGAUUGUGUCACUCUCAUUUAACCCUUCCGGUCCCAGAAGCUGUGAGUUUCUCAAUCCUACAGCAUAGAAAUAUUGCAACACAUUGCAAAAGUAUGUUUUAUAUAAAAAGGGGGCUUGGUGAGAGAUAAUUAAUAUUUGCUAGAUACAGGGCUUGAUUUAUGUUUAAUUUAUAAGGGUAGGAAAUAUACACAUACCUUAAAAAUGGAUAGCAUUAGCGAUGAUGCUUAGUAGUCAGUCACCAAAUACUGAUGCACCAUAAAUACAUUUAGCACCUCAUGUUUACAAAAAGACACAAUUAAUUUUAUUUGAAAAUUUUUAAUUAUUAGUAUAGUAACAUGAAUUGUUGCAGCAGAUAAAAAAGAAAUUGGCCAUUAAAUUUACUUAUUGUUAAUAGCAUUUAUUAAAUUUUGUCUAAAGGAUAACUUUAAGGACCCAGGCAUUUCUGAAUGACUUUAAUGAGCCUUCACUUCUUCUACUGGAAGGCUAUUGCAUGUAUCUACUACCCUUUUUGUAAAAAAGCAUUUUCCCACCUGUGGCUUCCACUAGCCAGCUUGCAAACAUGUGUAGCUGUGCUGGUACUUCCAGCUGAUAUAUUUUUUCACCUCUCAAAUAUAAUUCAACUUUUGAAUGAUUUAUUACAUUGUACAAUUCUACUUUAAACAGAAUCCCCAAAACAGUAUAGUGCUUUAUGUUCUUAUUCUUAACAUCCACACUCUUAUACAGAAUGUGCAAAGUGGUUACGUUGUGACAUGUAAAUACAAGAAGUGAAAAUGCAAACGAGAUGUGAUAAUUAUAUUAUCAAACCUUUCAAGUAUUACAUGAAUGAGUGAUGCUUGGAGGUAUAGAAAGACUCAGAGGAAAGAUUUCAGAGAGAUGUUAGUGACAGAUUUUCUUAAAUUCUAAAAACUCACUAUUAUAGAGAUGCUUAUGUACCAUUAUCAACGUAGGGCAUGUAGGCCAAAAUAUAAAAUCUGAUUUAAAAAAAUAAUUUAUCAAAGCUGAAGAAUUUUUUUCUAACUUGACUAUUGUGUUCUUAAUUAUGUAAGCUUGCUGCCAGCUCACUGUUUAGUAAACAGCCACAGUGAGCCACUAGAGGGUUUAAUAUAGGAUAUCAGUAAGAGGCGGAGAGAUUAAACUGCAGACUUAACAACUGAUAACGCCUUAGUACAUCUCCCACCCUAUGUCUCAAACCACUGUGUAACUCAAAGAGUUAGUUAAGCAAGCUGUUGAUGAUGUAAGAAGACCACAUGUGUGAAUCCGGGAUUCUUCCUAUAGUUUAAGCUUAUCCAAGCCAUUUGUCUUCUAAUGAAAAUAUGCUGUUGAUGAUUAUGAUAAAUUAUCAGCAAAUGGCUUUGACAAGUGAGUGACAUAUUAGACACAUACAAUGGAUUUUCAAAUGGUUUUUGUUUUCUUUUGACGACCUUUUUAAUUAGCAACUUUAUGUUGUUAUUUAUGACACCUUAAACAGCCUUGAGAUUAUUUGCAAUGUUCAAGGGAUUUGCUUAUGUUGCCUUCAAAGCAGAAUAACCAGAUUUACCCUCUAACCAGGAAUGCAAUAAAAAAUGCAUCACGCAGGGCAAGAGUCAUUUUAUUGCAGCAUUAUAUCGCAUGUAUUCCACACUCAUUCCUGUUUGGAAGUGAUGACCCGCUUUAAGAAUCAUCCAAUCAUUUAAGAGUCACCCAAUGUCUAUUGCUAUAUUUAUGUAAAACUCCAGGAAAUUAAUUGCAAAGAAGUAUAUGCAUUAUACACGCAGAUUUUAUUUUUUAAAGUAUAUAUAUAUAUAUAUAUAUAUAUAUUACUAUCUAGUGACUAGAUUGGAAAAUAGUUAUACAGACAAUUUAAACAUACUUUCAUCUGUAUAAGGUUAGAUAAGUUACCAGACAUGUAUGUUCAAGCUGUUUUUGCUUUUAAAUUUCAUAAAAUUAGAGCAGAAUGCUAUAUGCAAGAGACAUUUUAUAUAGCUAUGUAAUUGCAAUUCGUAGUUCAUAAGGAUAGGUGUGUACUAGAAGUAAUUUAAUUAAUUCACAAUACAUUAUUAAGCAUUUUAAGGUGACUAAACGGAUCUAUUACUAAACAGCAUACCGAGAACGGAUUUGCAAACAUUUAGGCCAAAAUGACUACGGAAACAUCAGAGCUAGAAAUAUUUUCUUACAUCUGCUAUUUGAACAAUAAUUAGUUCUCUUCUCUUUACAAUUUGUCUAUAGACAUAAUUCCGCACACAUAUUUUUAUUUUCUGGGAGUCCUUUUUCUAAACAUUGAGUUGUGGAGUGUUGACAACUUGCUUUUUAAGCCACGAGAGCAGAUUCGGAAAAAAACAAUCUCUCACGUGACAGAUAUUUUUUUUUCAGUCUUUGCUAUUUUCCUAUAUAUUUUCCUAUAUAUUUUGCAGGUCAGUUCCUAAGUCACCACAACUUGCUGCUGCGUGAAUCGAUCCCAACGAGCAGCAAAUAGAUUCUUUAAAGUCCCUAUGGCCUACUGUGCAGACGCAAUUGAUUGUCAUGAAAGAAUAAGGGGUGUAUUAAUGGGAUUUAUGAUGUACUUCAAGCGAAUUGCAAUUUUUAGGCUAAAUAGCUGAGCUAAAAAAUGAACUAGAGUUAGAGAUUUUUUUUCCAGUUCAGCUACUUUGAUAUAAAAAAUGCAGACCCACCUGUAAAGUCUCCCCAUUUUCCAGUUCAGUAAAUAAGCCAAUGAGCAUUCUGUAGAACUCUAUUUGGAUUGGAAACUUUUUACAGAAGUGAGUCACUCCGACAAACCAAGAAGGAGCAAUAAUGAGGACUUAUUGGUACGUUUCUAUCAGACAGUGAUUCCAUCUUCUGUUCACUCUCUGUUAGCUGCACAUCAACAGAUUCAAACCUGACACAGUUAUUCACUAAAGUGGGAAUACAAAGAGAAUUUCAAAUUUAAGGCCAAAGUAGCCAAACCAGAAGCAUAGCUGUCUUAGAGAAUGUUUCUAGUUUUGCUGUUUUUACCUUGAAUUUGAAAUUCAUUUGGAAUUCUCACUCUAGUGAAAUAUCCUGUGUAAUAUGAUUGGACAAACAUAAUUUAUACAUACACACGCCAUUUACUAAUAUGACUAGCAAUGUGAAAGCUAUCUAUGUAUGCCAUGUCACUAGCAGUUGUCCAUAUCAAUAGUUGUGCUAAUCUUUUUUCAGAGUUACUAUGUAUACAGUAUUCGUAAAGUCCCAUACACCAUUUAUUGCAACUUACAUGCGUACAUUUUUUUAAUUCGCUGUUAGAUCAAUUAGAGCCGGAUGGUUGAAAAUAUUUUUUAAUCAAUUAAAACAGGUUCGUACACUUUAAAUGAUUGACUGUUCUAUUACAUUAAAACACCUUCAGUGAAAUAUUAACAAUAAUAUUCCAUUGAUCAAUAGAUGUAAAAUGGGAAUUAAUAAAACAUAUCAUGUUAAAUUAAAAUAGGUAAAUGUCAAUUACGUUACCUGCCAAAUUUUUUAUUUCAAAGUUCACAACUUUACAAUGAGUAAAUAUUCACUUCAAUAUAUAAUUAUAAUGAUCACAAGUCUGACCAUAGUUGUAAAAUAUUAUACAUUAGAUAAUUAGUGUAAUAUUGUAAUAUUAAACUUUUCAUUCGAAGAGUAUAUCAUCACGAGGAUCUAGCUAUAUAAAUGAUACUUGCGACAUUGAGAAAUUAAUUCAGAAAUUCAACAUAUUGAAUAUAUUCAUUCUUUACAUUCUUGUGCUGCAUCCUCUGGAUCUUAGACAGUUAACCAAACCAAAGAGAAACAAUAUCAAUCUUUGUUUAAAGUCGAGUCUGUUUAAACAAUCAUGUAAUAAUAGAUUUAUGACAGGGGAAGAAAUAAUAGAAAUUUUAACAUACAUGUCAGGUGCAGAUAUACAGAUAUAUGAGCUAGGUAUAAAAGGGCAGAGUGAAAAAGUCCAUCUUUUAUAAUUUUCUUUUAAAGGUUAUGAAAAUUCAAUUUAUUUGUAACAUUUAAAAAUAAUUCUAACAUUUUAUGUGAAGUCAUGUAGUAAAAAAAAGAAUAAUCAAAUUAAAGACAUCACAUUAACGCAAUAAAAAUUGUUAAAAAAGAUGUAAAAACAGAAAAGUGAACUGAUUUUCUGAAUAUUAUAUAUAUAUAUAUUAUCUAUUUCACCAUAGACAGGGCAAAGUGUAUAGGAUGCUUGCACGCACCUACCCUAUUUUAUAAUCUUCUUCAAAGCCCCAUAAUGACCAUUUUUUAAAUUUGGUAGAUAUGAAAAAUAAUUUUGCAUAGAUUGAACAUCAUAUCUAUAAUAAGAAAUACCAUAUUUUUAGAGUUUAACAUUAUAAUAAUUAUAAUAAGAAUAAGAAUAAUAAACACCUUUUAUUAGUUAUUGCCAUGCACUUUAAAUAAUGAUCUGCUAUCAUGAAUAAAAUUAUUGCAUUUAAACAAUUAAAAUGUAAACAAAACAAGGAAAAGACAAUAACAGAAGUUUAAUUCCUUGAUACAAAACAUUAUUAGUAUAGUUUAUUUUUAUAGAGCACACAUUUUUAUUUUCUGUACAAGAUAAGAAAAAAAAUUGUGUCACUUUCGUAAAAUUAGCUUUUGAAAGGCAAAAGUGAUCACUUUAUGAUAAUUUUUAACAUAGAUUUCAGUUUUAUAUUUUAAAAUAAAACAACAAAACAUUUAUAGUUAAUAUGUGCUUCAAAGUUCAACAUCAGUCACUUUAAAUUUAUAUAAAUUACAUGGUCAUGAUUCAGGACUUAAACAUUAACAAAAUAAGAGUUCACUUUAAUAAUUUGGGGGGAUUAGCUAUAACAAGUUUAUUUUUAACUUGUGUUAAAUAUUUUACAAGCUAUAUUUGAUCUAAUUAUACAUUAUAUACUUGGAUUUAAAAAGAAAAUGUUUCUAAAACAUAUGCAUAUCUAAAAUUUUAAUAUUUUAGGAAAUGUUAUAUUUUAAAUAGCAAAUAUGUACAUUUAUUUUGUCAUAUCUACUAAUAUUUAUUUUAUCCAUAAAUGUGAGAAUGAUAUAAGAAAUUAAAAAAGCAAGAUUUCUGUGUAAAAAAACUUUCAUAAUUGUAUACUUUUAUCUCUCUUAUAUUAUCGGAAAAAUAAAAGUAAACAUAAAUUGUUAUUCAGUAAAGGAUGUAACUUUAUUUCUAAAUUAAUUAUAAUAAGACCAUAGGUAUCCCUAUAUUUUUAUAUUACAUAUUGUUGAAAUGGUGUUUUUUGUGAUUGUCAUUGUAAAAAUAGUAUAAAUUUAGAGCCAUUGUUAAACAUUUUUCAUCCUUUCUACUAAGCUCUGUCUAUAAAUAUGUAUAUCUACAGAUAAGGGAUGUUUUGUAAACUGUUUUUGAGGCACACUAUAGGAAAUAAAUUGACAAUUAGAAUUUAAACCUAAUGGAUAAUUAUGUUGUUAGAUCCUAAAGUGUUAAAGUGUUUUAAAUUUGUAAUGGUCCAAUCAGAGGCACAUUAUUACUCACUUAAUCUCCUUCCUCAGGUCACUUCAAAGAGAGAAUCUUCACAGUUACGCAUUUGUCUUUUAAUGUUUUAUUAGCAGUUUGUUAAUUGUUGUUUUUCACGCCAGUUGUAUGCAAGAACACAGAGGUUGAGGUAUUUAUACCUAAUCAGUCAAAAGACAAUUGACCAUUUGGGACUUCAAACCUUUACAAACAGUAUUUCCUAAAAAAAAAAGAAACACAUACUGGAUUAUUGAACUGCAGUCAAAGUGCUUCAUGAUAUUAUUAAUUUAGACAUUUGUACUCCAUAACUCAAGCUUUGGGAAUUCAUGUUGUUGUGCAAAUAUUUUGACAUAGCAAGCAGCUGGAAUAAUGGUGCUAAUUUAAUAUGAGUGUCUACAAAAAACAUAUGGUAAAUAGACAGAGUAAAUUGCAUUGAAUAGGCACUGUCUGUGUGAAUAGUGUCUGUUUAUUUUAAAAGCUAUGAUACAGGAAAAUGAUCAUUGAGACACAAGUAUAACAUUAGCAAGGACGUGUGCUGUGCAUUCUUUGAAUUUUUGCAGCACUAAUAGACAGGCAAAUGCAAAUUUGAUUAAUCAAAGUAUCAUUAACUUUCACAUAGAGUAUCUUGUGGAUUUUCUACAAGUAAAAUUUUUUUUUUUUAAUCUGAUUUGUUUAAACGCUUGUCUACUGUCAUAUCAGGCAGGGCACACAUAGGGCACUAAUUACCCUAUAUUUAAAAUUACUCUUGAUAUCCAUUCAGAGCUGUACAACAUGCUGGGAGUAAUAUAAAUUAUAAGAGAGGAAUGUGAUCAUCUGAAAAAAGAUUAGGAAAAUGUAGGCCAAAAAAACAGAAGAGUAAAAAACUACAGUCAAAAGAUCAUCAUUCUACUCAUUUUAAACUUUUGCAAGUUAUUUCUGCAUGCAUUCAAACUUGCAUUUUUGAAGGGCUAGACCUCUAAAAAUGAUAUCUAUUUUGAUUAAUACAAAAACAUUUUCUUCAGAAAUAUUUUAAAGUUGAUCUAUGAAAGUAUUUAAUUUCUAUCAUAAGAUGUAAGUUUUGUUAGGGUAUGUUUGUCAACUCAGGCUGGUUAAAGAUGCAAAGUAGUCUUUUAUAUAAAAAAAAAAAAAAAAAAAUUAAAUGUAAAAAUUAAAUAAUUUUAUUUUCUUAAAUAAAUAGUACAAUGUUGAAAUAAAAUUCCAAUAUAGAAUUGAAAGUCGCUUUCCAUGAAACAAAACCAGGUGGAAACAGUUGAUCCAUACUGUAUAAUCAGAAAAGAAACUUGAAAACUGUGUUUUAUUUGAUAUAUAUAAUGUCAUUACUUUGUCACAGAAAAGUUUUAACCUUUGAUAAAGAUGGCUUACAGAAGUAUGGAACAUUAUUGAUGUUUUUAACUUGGGAUUGUUGAGCUGUCGUGGAAACCAGCACCCAUUAUUCUUUGAUUGCUACAGACUGGCAGAGGAUUAUGGGAGUUGUAGUUUGACAGCAGCAAGAAGGCCUGAUUUUAACACCGUCAUGAUAUAAUUUAGCAGAGACCCUUAGAUCUCCUAUAUUGCUAUGCCAAUGUCUGGGCAUAAACCUGCACAGAUUUCUGUCAAUGUUUCCCUUGUAGUUCAGAGCUUUCUAAAACGUUUGAGUAAGCUUAGUGGGAUGAAUAUUAUGUUAUAAACUGGUACCUUCAGUGCUAGUGUUCAGACUGUAAAUACCACAUAGGUAUAUUCGUCCCACAAUACGUCAGUUACUAUAGCUCCACAUAUCCUCUGUUAUGUCAGUCACUCCCUCACGGCAUCCAAAAUCUCUCUUUUCUGCCCUAGUGUUUUCAUGAGAAUAUUCAGAAAAUGUCAGAAUAUAUGGUAUGUAUUAGGGCAUCACAGAGAUCCACAGUAAUACAUUUCUUACUAAUGUUUAAACUGGCAGGGCCAUAUUACCAAAAGGUAACUUUUAAUAUCUUUUCACAUGUAUUGUUUUAAUUCCUGUGGCCAUUAAAUGUCUUUCACUUUGGCAUCGACUGUUAAUUGAGUACAAGAAUAGGGGACCCCUAAUUUAGUACCCUGCCCAGAGUCUGCCAUAAUCCAUUUCAACAACACAAUUCACUGUUUUUUUUAACAGACCAAUACAUAUGCAAUGGACAUACUUUUAGCCACUCUCCCUUAAACAGACAUGCUCCUCUUAAUCCUUUGAAAUAUUAGGAUGUAUUCAGAUAAACAGGGGUAUAUAUCACUAUUAUAAAUACUGGGGGUCCUCGUAAUAGAUUUGUAGAGGGUAUAUAUAUAUAUAUGUAUAUAUAUAUCAUAUCUCUUUAUCAUUAAAUCAGUAAUAUGUGACAAAUCAGCAAGCAAGCUGCACAUGAUAGGCUAUACACUAUCCAACUACUUUUCUAAUUCAUCUAUGUUAUCUUAAAAUUCCCAAUUUCUAGAGUAGACAGUUCUUCACCACUCACUGUUUUGUGCCUUAAUUUCUAAGUUUAAAUGAGCUGACACGUUUCUAUAAGGUUAUUGGGCAGAUCAAAUCAUGUUCUAAUUUCUGUAUAAUUUAUUUUUGCAUUGAACCACUUGAUUAAAAGAUUUUGAACACAAUGUAUUCUAUAACCAUACAAAUCAAACUAUAAUCACAAAAAACAUCAUAAUUUGAAAGAGGGCAACUUGUUCCAAAAAACUCCAACAUUUACUGCUAACAUUGAGUGUUGAAAAUAUGUCUACCCUUUUAAUUUACAAUUCCUUGUGCCCUCAUCUGGCACUCAGAGAUAAAGUAUCUAUUUCAAAGCAAAGGACCUGUUUUAUAAAAAUCUGAAAUGUUGCUGACUAAAAGUUCUAUAAUUAAUUCACCCACCGUUCUUUGUAUCAUGGUGCACAGAUCCCACAUAAUAUGUAUUAACAUUUAAUCAUAGGAGUCUAGUCAGUACAUUUUGACCAGUCAUUUUCCUUUUAAAGAAAAGUUUCUUGAAACUUUGUUUCUGCUUCAUCUACUUUGAUGUUAAAUUAAUAAUUCCAUGGUGAAUUCACAAAUAUGUACUAGGAAGUAAAUAAUCUUCCCAUGCUUGUAAAGUCCCUGUACAUACUCCACCAUCUUCACCGCCCGUGAAAUAACAGGUUUUGUGACCUGUAAGUAUUACUAGAUCUGGCUGGGUAGAUGGCAGUUAUAGUUAACAGUAAUCUGUGACUAGAAAUUGUAACUGGCUGGCAGCUCCUUAUGUAGCCUCCAACCAUUAAAUGAUACCUACAAUAGCAUAAAUUAAUAGGGUAUAACUAAGCAUUGUGGGUGCAUCUAAUUUGUUUGCAUAACCACUGAGGCAGUCAUUUAGAGAUGGUUGAUUUGCUCUCAUUUGAUCUUCAGGUAACUAUAUAUUUUAAGCUAAUACUUCUCACCAGCCAUUCGUGGAAGUGAAAAUUUUUAAUGGGGCACACCACAAAUGUCAUACAGUUCUUAGGAUAUUUGUGUGUACGACCAUUAAAAUGUGCUAAGUAGCACUUAAAGUAGCACUGUCACCUGAAACAUAAUUUUCAUAAAUCAUAAGGAAAAAAAUAGGGGAUGGGGUUCAUGAGUACUCAGAUCAUCUUGCACAGAUCCUAUUCAAUUUUGGUUAGUCAUUAAAGGGACAGUCUAAGCACCAGAAACAAUAAAGCUAAAUGAUGUGGUUGUGCUGCAAAUAGACUGUCCCUGCAGCCUCUCCUCUGUAAAAAAACUGUCAUUUCUAUAAAAAGGCAUUGUUUACAUUUCUCCUCGUGGAUACUGCUAGUGGCUGUCACUUAGAAAGUCACUAGAGGUGCACCCUAUUGUAGUACUGCAAUAUUUGCAGGACUGAAGUUCAGUAUAUUUACGCUCUGCAUGAAAAUGCCAAACACUACCAAUAGAAAUGUACUGUGAGAUGCUGAUUGGGGCAGCAUGGCUCCCAAUGCUUCUUUAUGGAUCAUUAGUAAUGAGUUGGUGGUAGGGAUACUCUUGUACAAAUACCUAGUAUUCUUGUACGAAUACCAAAACUGUUGUAUAAAUACCUAGAAAUACUAUGGAAUUUGUAAUUGGGAUGUAUUAAUGGGUGUCUUUUCAUAAUAAUUUACUCUCUAGACUGUUAGCUUGUUUGAGCAGGUUCCUCAUCUACCUAUUGUUCCUGUUACAUUUUGUUAUUGUCUCAUUUGUUGAAUUCCCCUUUUAUUAUAAAGCACUGAGGAAUAAGCUGGCACUGUAUAAAUACCAAUAAUAAUAAUAAUAAUACUACCGUAGCUUUUUUCAAGGACAAUGCAUCUUUGUUCCUCAAAGCCAAGUCAUUUUUGUCAGCAGGUGUUUUACAUAUCUGCCAUUAAAAUAAACCAGGCCAAUCCAAAUGCAAAAUACAUCUUGGUACGAAAGGUAGAAAUUAAAUUUACGGAAAAAAAUGCUAUCUUGUCACAUGGACCUGAAAAUAGGAUAAAAAGUGGCAAAAUUUAUUCAACAACUAAACAGUAAACAGUUAAAUAUGAACAUUUGUUACUGGUACCAUUUGGUUAUGCAGACAGAAAGAUAUAUCCAGAUAUUUCUAGGGAUUUUAAACUGAGGUAAUGUUUCAUAUUUUCAGGAAGAUCGUUAUAGUUUUAUGGUACGGUUGCUGGUGUCUGUAAGAGGAGACUUCUUGAUCUGCUUCCUAGCUGGAACUGAGAAUAGUGGCUCAAUGCUACAAGUGGACUACAGGUUACAGGGGCUUUGAGGGGUUGGAGUGAACAUCAUGUUCACAAAAUAUGGGAGCUUUCCACUUAAAUUGGAAUAAACCAAACAUGAAAUGUGAACUUUGAAAUUAGCAGGGUCAUUCACUAAAGUGAGAGUUUAAAGUGCAUUUCCAAAUUAAGGCCCACAUUUAUUUUAUUUUUUUCUGCCAGGGCUUUAUUCAAUUUCUAUAUAACCGUGCAAGAAAGUUUAAAAUGUCUGACCAGUGUUCUCCCCUCCCACACAGGAAGACAUUUUGAAGAGGAAAUAUUAUUAACAUAUUGUACCAAUCAGGAAAGGAGAAGUGGGUGUAAGGGUUCAUGUGCCAGUCAAUACAGAGCAUGCAUUAUUUGUAACCUGCUGUAGUAGCUUGUAACCCCUUAAGGACCAAACUUCUGGAAUAAAAGGGAGUCAUGACAUGUCACACAUGUCAUGUGUCCUUAAGGGGAUAAAGUACAAUAGUUAGUGUAAACUGCAUGUAUUUUAUGUUGCCACAGACAUUACUUUUACACUUCCUAUUACGUUCAUAGCUGACAUAAGUGGCAAGCAUGGCAUUUCUGCUUGCAUACUAACAUUUCAGAACAUUUUGGGGAUACAAUAAAUGAAAAAAGAUAUCAGAUCCAAUAUUUAUGUAAAGAGUGAGAGAAUCAACAAGAAUGGUGAUUUUUGUAAAUGUUUGUGUAUUUUACAUUUUAUGAGCAAUCUUGAUAUGCUAUCUUACUUUUAUGUGCUUGCUGUGUCAAAGAAAUGUUCUGCUAAUAGCUUUAUAACAAAAAAGUGUUUAAUAUCUAUGGAGCUGAAUUGUUUUUAUUCCAUAACUAUAUUUCUUUUGUAUUAUCUUCUGUGAUAUUUCUAUGUUAUAUCUGACCAAAAAAUGUACAGGUACUCCAUUUUAAGUGGUAAAAAGUAAAGUCUUGUAAGGGUUCAUGAAAACAUUCUAUUUUGUUACUUGUACAUCGGAGUUAUACUACUGUAAAUGCUGAGAUUGUAUCCGACAUAUAUGUUUCAAUGUAUAGAGAGAUGAUAUUCUAAAAGUAAUAAUAAUAUUCACAAUAAUAAUAUUUAAUCUGAUGUACCACAAAACUUUAUAUUGUACCUCUACUGGCCGUUGAUAUAUUGCUGAUUCUGUUAGCAAAUUUACUGCUGCUAAUUGAAGCCAUCACUAGAAAAGCUAAUGGUAUUUUCUACAGGCUGCCCUCUUUAAAAUAUCUUUGACCCAGACUCUUUUUUACAUAUAACCCUUGUGUCUUCAGAUAAUACUUAUGACAUCAAUAGCUUGAUUGGUUUCCAAAUUUUGUAAGUCCCCCAGAUUUGCAUGUGCACAUCAGUACCAAAUUCCAUACAGCUUGAAGUAAUGUGAACAUCUGGAGACAUGACAAUGAUAUAGAGCCGUUGUAACUUUUUAGAAACAAUGAAAAACAAUUAUCAAAUAAUUCUGUAAGUAAAUCUAAGUCUUUGAGAGUUUGAAUUUAUGUAUUAAAUUUGGUCAUCUUUAUGCAGAUGCAUUAACACAUUGAAGGCAAUGCGUCUGAGCACCAUAUAUCUUAUUGUAUGAUAGUACUUAUAUUCCUAUUUACUAUUCCUUAUACAGUUAUUGUUCUUAGGUGUAUGACAGCAAUGACUAGAUUUAAACACCACAAAAAAAUAAUAUAAUUGCCAAAAAUGUUUUCCGAAUAUGAUAGUUAGUUCAGGAGCUCUGACACACCAUGAUAAAUAUUCAGGGAAAUGAUUCAGAUGAACAAAAGAGGGAAUGAAAAUGGACUACUCAGAUUACCGCAAAACCGAAUGCACAAGUCCAGUGAUGACUUACCUGUCAAGCUGUUCCGGACUUCAUUAUACUAUUCCAUUAAUGUGGAUUGAAUAUGUGGAUCUUGGUAUUAUAUUUAAACCUUUUCGUUAUUUAAUGAUUUUAUAAUAUUAUGUUCAUUGUGUAUUGUAAACAAACAUGUAUAUGUGCCAUAUGAGUAGAAUAACUCAGUCAAGUUUUAUAGUGUUUGGUUCCUGGUGGCUUCUUGUUUACCAGGACAUUAGCAGCAGUUGGGGCAUCAAAGAAUAAUCAACACUGUUUUAUUUUAUUCAAAGGGUUGCUUUUAAGAUACUCAAGGGUUAAAACCUUUUAUAAAAUUUGAAGAAUAUUUGAAGAAUGAUUCAGUUACGAUUUUUUAAUAUUUCAAAGAUAACUAACUCUUGAUGACUUAUAAAAAGAUAAUUAUUUUAAAUAGUACUUUAUAAAACAUAUUUAGCAACCCCCCGACAGACACAAACACACACACAUACAUACAGAAACACAGACAUACAUACAAAGACACAGACAAACAGACAGACAUAUACAUACAGACACAUACAUACAAAGACACAUAUAUACAAACAGACAGACAGGCACACAUACAUACAGACAAGAUACACAUACAUACAAGCAAACAGACAGACAGGCACACAUACAUACAGGCAGACACACACAUACAGACAGACACAGACAUAAAACACACAUACACCAAGACACAUACAUACAUAAAAACAGACAGGCACACACACAUACAUACAGACAGACACAGACACACAGACACACACACACACACACACACAAUAAACAUACAUACAAAGACACAUACAAACAGACAGGCACACAUACAUACAGACAAGACAUACAUACAUACAUACAUACAAACAGACAGACAGGCACACAUACAUACAUACAAAGUCACAUACAUACUUAAAAACAGACAGGCACACAUACAUCCAUACAUACAUACAGACAGACACACACACAUACAGACACACAUAAGACACACAUACAUACAAAGACACAUACAGACAGACACACACAAGACAUACAUACAAAGACACAUACAUACAAACAGACAGGCACACAUACAUACAGAGAGAGAGACACAGACACAUACAUACAAACAAACAAACACACACACACACAUAAUAAUUAAGUCACCCUCCUGUUUCCUACCUUUAAGGUGCAGGAGGGUGACUUUCCCUGGGGUCCAGUGGUGGCUCAGGUUGAUGGGAAUCAGCGUUCCCACUCUGACUCCCUGUUCUUUCACCAGCACAGGCUCUGUGUGUUAGCUGGGAGGAGUGAUGUGCAGUCACUUCCUCCAGCAGUGAUGAUCUCAUCACAUGACAAUCCAUCUCCAUCGGGUGGCCCUGACAGCAUGCACCACCCAACGGGCACCUUAACAUGCGGCCCCGGCAGUUUGCAGUGCGGCCCGGGGCCACAAAUGAUGAUAGCGGGCACCCGGCCGCCCUGCAGACCCCUGUGACCGGGUGCCCGCCAUCAUCAUUUGCGGCCCUGGCCUGCGUGGGGAGUGACAGCUGCGACCCCUGCGACCGCGGUAUGUACGCCAGUGAUCAGUUGUGUUUGAGCCAUGUAGUAACUUUAAAACCCUAUCGUAAUAUAUAUGUUUAAUAAUUGUGUAGUCUCCUAAGUAUUCAUAAACAGACAAAACAAGCUAUGAUGUUAUAGAAUGUUCACAAAUGUUCUUGUUGAUCAAGAAGUACCAUUACUUAUUAGAUGCAAAUAUUUUCCUUACUAUUGCAUAAUGGCCCUUGACCUUUUUGUCAGGUGCCUGUAAGAGAGGGGUUAAGGCCAGCAUUCGAUUGUAUAGGGUGUUUAGUGUUAACAUGAUUAAAAGCUUGAGAGGUGUUAUAGUUAUGGUAAAAAGGGUGUUUUGAAUUAUUGAGUUUAGGGUUAGAGUGAGGUUAAAUAUAAUGUUUGUAUAAAAGUGGGAGUUGCAGUUGUGAAAAAUUUAGUAUUGGGGUAUGUGGCAAUGGUUGUUUUUAAGAUUAUUCAAAUUAAGGAUUAUGAUAGAUUAUUUGUUUUGUUUUUUAGAGUAGGCUUUUUGUGCCAAAAUCUGGCACUGAAGAAGGGUUUGAUUGGGUUUUGGGAGGGGUCAAAAUUAGAUUUUGGGAAAAAGGGUGUUUAGGGCAUGUGAUGUUUUAAAAAUUGUUUGCAAAUUACUUAUCCUCAUAUGCCAGUCAUUCUCUUAAGUUUUCAGGGCUGAAAAAGAUGCCCCCUACAUGAUAUGCUAAUGUAGGCAGGUGCCUACUCUGCCUAAUGAAACAUUUGGUACUCAUAAUGUUAAAAAUUUGUUAAAUGUAAAACAAAUUCUAUGUUUAGCUCAUACAAAUUCUACAUUUUAAAGCUACAGUUUGGAACAUGGACAUCUUAUAGAUCAAAUCUGGAUGAGGUUUACAAAUGUCUGUGUUACGUCCUCCUAUCAAAAUGUAAUGAUUACCCUCUGCAUAUAUAAUUUCUCUUGAGAAAGGACGAGAAUUGGGUUUGAAACGUAGACUAUGCAAUAAUAAAAGUUUGUUAUUUUUGAACUAAAAAAACCCUCUGAGAACCUUCUUCAUUGGCAUUUCUUUAAAUUAUUUUUUUUUUAAUACAUAUAUCCGAAAGAAAAGCUAGAAAGGAUGUGGAAAGCAAAGGCGGUAGUUCCAGUUGUGAUAGGAGCACUCAGAGCUGUGACUCCCAAGUUGGGGGAGUGGCUUUAACAGAUUCCAGGUGGGACAUGUGAGAUCGCUGUCCAGAAGAGUGCAGUUCUAGGAACAGCUAAGAUACUGCGCAGAACCCUCAGACUCCUAGGCCUCUGGUAGAGAACCCGAGAAUGAGGAAUAAAAUAUACCACCCAGGAAAUGUAAAAUUAAGUGUGAUGUAGAAGGGAAUAGUUGAGUACAGACUUUUAUGGCACUCGUGUAUCGGCCUGUUUACUGAAGGUUUGGUGAGCUGAGAAGCAACUUUCUAUUAAAUAUGGAGGAGUUUUAAAACUGUAUUUGUGUGUAUAAUAUUCUUGAUUACCAAUUCAAAAUUCCCUCUUGUGUAGUCCAGCAACAACAAGAGGGAAAGUGAUCAUCAUAAAGGGCCUCAAUUAUGGCUGUCCAGUCAUGGACAGAAAGAAUACAGAACUUAGAAAAGCACCAUAGAAUACAUAAUUCCCUUAUUUAAAAGCUAUUAUGUUUGGUAAAUAAACUGGAACUAUACUCAUAUUAAAGAAGAGUAUCCCAAAGCCGUUUUAUAUGAGUAUAUACAAAAGAUGGGGUUAAAUAAUUAUAUGUAUAUACGUGAUGGGGUUAAAUAAUUAGAGGAAAUAACACCAGCUAUUAAAUUAAUAUCCAACUUCAUGUUCUUGAACGUGCUAGUUCUUAUGAAUUUUAAAAGGUCAUUCUAAGUCCCAGAACCAAUACAAAGCAAUAUAGGGUUAAGGUAGCAGUCAGGGACGUAUUAGCCGCGAGGUAAACAAGGCAUUUGCCUUGGGUGGCAUUUUUCAGGCUUGCGGCUAACAGACAUGCCGGGCGCUGGGCGCGCUGGGCGUCAUAUUCCGGCUCCCAGCCUCACUCUGCGGCGCGCGAGGGAGCUGAGCAGUCAGCUCAGAGGAAGAGCUCCCUCACCAGCCUCCCGCCCAGCAGCCACUGGAUCACCAGGGAGAAAGAGGAACCCCCCCCCCCAGCACUCUCAAAGGUAAGGAGGCUGGGGUUAAAUAAAAAGAUUUUUUUUUUUGCGUGAGUGUGUGUACGUCGUGUGUUUGUGUAUGACUGUGUGUGUUUGUGUCUGACUGUCUGACUGUUGUGUGUUUGUGUGUUUGUGUCUGACUGUGUGUGUGUGUCUGACUGUGUGUGUGUUUGUGUGUGUGUGUGCCUGACUGUGUGUUUGUGUCUGACUGUGUGUGUGUGUGCCUGACUGUGUGUUUGUGUCUGACUGUGUGUGUGUGUGUCUGACUGUGUGUGUGUUUGUUUGUGUCUGACUGUGUGUGUGUGUUUGUGUCUGACUGUGUGUGUGUGUGUUUGUGUCUGACUGUGUGUGUGUGUGCCUGACUGUGUGUGUGCCUGACUGUGUGUUUGUGUCUGACUGUGUGUGUGUGUGCCUGACUGUGUGUUUGUGUCUGACUGUGUGUGUGUGUGUCUGACUGUGUGUGUGUGUCUGACUGUGUGUGUUUGUUUCUGACUGUGUGUGUGUUUGUGUCUGACUGUGUGUGUGUGUCUGACUGUUUAUGUCUACUGUGUGUGUGUUUGUGUCUGACUGUGUGUGUGUGUCUGACUGUUUGUGUGUGUGUAUUUAGAAGGUGGGGUGGGGGGAAGGGUUGGGUGGGGGUGGCGCGGGGGAAGGGGGUGCCUGAGUUUUGUCCUGCCUAGGGCAGCACAAAACCAGGAUACACCACUGGUAGCAGUAGUUUUGUUAAAACACAUUUAUUUGGUAACUGAUAUAAUACAAAUUGAGAAAUGUUUCCUGUUUUAAAUUCUUUAUUCUAUUUUUGCAUCACAUGCUUGUGUUUAAUAAUAAAGUAACCAUAAUAAAUUCUAAGCAGUAGAAUGUAUUUUUAAAAAGUACAAUUAAUUUGCUUAAAGUAAUAGAAACUGACUGCCAGACAGCGUUAUUUGCUGGCCUCUACCGAUGUCUUAUUGCGGUUGCUUAUUUAUAAGUUUAUGGUACGUCUAGCACUACAAAGGAAUGAAAGCCAACCCUUUAAUGCAUUUAGAAUUUUAAUAGCUGUUUGAAUUCAUUUUAGAGUGGAUCUAGAGACUGCAGUAGAUGACUUCUUCUGUUUGGCUAAAAUGAUAAAUUAUGAAUUAGGACAUUCAUUUGGCUCCAGAUACGUUUUGGAUUCAGUACCUUAUACUGUAAUUUUGUCUUUUAUUAGAGGAACGGAAAUGAACGGCCACGAAGAAAACUUCUGGAAAUUUUAUACAUUUAAUAUAUUUCUUUGAAGACUCAAAAAAGAGUGGUUUAAUAUCAUAAAUAGUAAAUCCACAUUGUACUGUGUGAUUGUGGGGUUUGCUCCAAUGAAUGCUUUAUGCAAAAGGUUAGGAAAAUUUGUAAAGAGUGAUCUUGCUAAAUGUGAAGACAAUUACCAACUUGUGUCACGUUGUUCAAAGAGUAUUAGCUUGACCUUUGCUAUAACGGUGUUCUAAGAUCUAGAAAUUGAUGUAAUUAUGAAGUGGGUUUCCUCAAUCAGUUAUUGCAUAAAGUAUAUGUGGUAGGUGAUUUAUUAUAGUCUGGAUAAAAUGUUGCACUUAAUAUAUAUUAAUAAUAGUAUGGGCACAUACCAAGUUUGGAUAAAAUAUAAAGAGGUCAGAGUAUAAUUUAAAAGGAAAUAUUAAAAUGACAUCAACAUUAACUGAAAUGAUCUUAAAAUUAUGAAGCGAACAGUCCAUGAUCAAAUAAGAGAAAUUGUUACAACUAAAAUCUAUGUAAGCAAAGAGGGGUUAUUUACUAGACAGUAAAGUGUUGCAAAUGUAAAAUGAGCUAAACCUAGCAACACAAAAAAGUCAAGAUUUUUUGCGUCAAUGAUUUAAUUUUAUUUUAUCACCUACAUUUUUAUUUUUAUUUAAAGGGGGUAUAUAUAAAUAUAUAUAUAAAUAUAUAAUAUAAUCCCACACACACACUUUUUGUUAAAAGAAAUUGAAAACUAAAUCCUUUACAUAAAAGGAAAGCUGGCAAUUUGGCAUUGAUUCCAUUGUCUGAAAACGCUUGUAAAUUCUAAGCCACGUCAGGGUUUCAUUUCCAACAUAUUAAUCUUUAAAGAAUAUUGCACAACAAAAUGUAUUGUGAUAAUUUCGAACUUAUAGAUUGUAUAAUAAAACAUACUAAUGGACAUUAUUUUGAACAAUUUCACAAGUUAUUUAGUUUCAUCUGAUGUAAACUGAGCCAGAGGAAAAAAGGGGAAAAAUUAAUUAAACAACCUCAUCCUCCUACAAUGUGAUGAAAUAGAAGUAUGUGGUGAUCAAAGUUAUUCUACAUCGUUAGCAGGGCACAUUUUUGUAAUUAGUACUAAAACUAUACAUUUUGUAUAUUUAUCUAUCUCUAUAUAAAGUUAUGUGUGUAUUUAUGUAUGUAUCUGAUUGUUUGUCUAUCUACACCUUGCAAUGUGUACCCAGGACAACGAGAGAAAUCUCAAUGUAUCCUUCCUGGUAAAAUGUUUUAUAAAUAAAUAAAUGUGAUGAUGCGAAUAGAUUGAGUAUUGACUGACUUUUCAUUAAAACUAAAACUAUUUUAGUAGCACGGUGUGUUGAUUAAAAUUGGAUACUCUUUAAAGGAACUCUUUAAAGGAACACUCCAAGCACCACAAACAUCACAUGGUACUGUAGUAGUUAUGGUGCCAAGAGUGCGCUGGCACCCGCCCGAAUGUAAGUAGUCUAACUGUUUGCUAACAGCUUAAUUUCUUACCUGGAGUUCACUGAGAGCCAGUCACUGCCUUCAGAAAUGGAAGCUAUCUGCCUGGCAGUGUAAGUCUUUGUUCAUUGACUGACAGCAAUCAGUUGAUGCUCUCAGCCAAUAAACUUGUCCUGCAUUGCAGGGUUUAGCUCAUGAGAGCUAACAGAAGUUCCAAGCAGAAGUUUCCAGCUCUCAAUAUAGGUAGUGACUGGUGCUCUGUUAACCCCAGGUAAGAAGCCAAAGGGUUAGCAAAAUGUUUGACUACUUACAUGGUGGCCACCAGAACAUUCUUGGCACUAUAACCAACUAUAGUGGGCUGUAGUGGUUAUGGUGCUUAAAGUGCUGGUUUAAUAAAGGUGUUAUAUUCCAGGGCAACGUAAGUGACAAUGUAUAUUUCUCAUAUCUGGUUAAUUAAUAUCAUUUUUUUUUCUGUGCUUCAUCUCAUGAAAAUAAUUAACAAAUCUGGAAGUCAAUUCCCUGUGUCCUGUGUUCAGUGUCCUGAAUAUAUUUAAAAUUUUAGCAAACUUCUUUUUUUUGAGAGGUCUAGUCUUUGUACCAGACAGAAAAAGACAGUUUCUGCAUUGCUGCCCAAUGAGGCUGCCGCAUACUUUACCCAGAUAAGAGUAUAUUAUUUGUUGGUUAUAUAAAAAACAUUAUGUGGACCAGGGUUAGUACCUGGGGAUCACAGCAACAAUUUAGUAUCAAAUGUAAACACAUUGGAUAUGUUUUUAAUAUUUAUAAAUUGCUUUGUGAUAUACAAAGGGAUUACCCACACACACAACUUUAACCUUUGAACUAUCUAUUAAAGUGACUCUGUCACCUUCUGGGUUCUUUGCAUAUCUUGCAAAGACCUCCAGUGUUGACAUUGCCCCGUGGUGUGUAGUAUCCAGGGAGUACAGGGGAAGGUAGGUUUUACUUACUUUAACCUGUACCAGGCAGUUGCAGCCAUCUUGAUCUGGUGCAUCCCCUUCAGCUUUGGACGCUUCAUCUGCCAGGAGACAACGUCUGUGCUGUACUGUCUUGCAUGCACAAGAGUACAACACACAUGUCUAUAGAGGAUCUUGUGAGACCGCAGUAGACUACAAAAAUAAAGCCUUUUUCCCCCUCACCCAACACUAAUAACAGCUGUGGACUUUGCAAAGCUUGACAGCGAUAGCUCCACCUUUUUGUCAAGCUUUGUCAAGUGUAGGAAAAUACACAAGACAACAUGGUGCUUGAUUGCAUACUUGUUUUUUUGCUUGUUUUAUUCAAUUAAAGCUAUUUAUGGGAAACCAGUUACCAGAGGGAGCCAAUAAAGCGUUAUUUUGAAUUAUCUCUGAUAGCUGCCUUAGUGCUCAUUGGUUAUUACAUAACGCUCCUUGACAGCUGGUUUGGAAAAAAAUGUGGUAGCCAAUUACCUGCAGCUGCCCUUUAGUAACACUAUUUUAAUAUUAGCUGGUAAAUGGGCAAGUCUCUAUUUAUCAGAGCCUUCCCACAAAAAAUAACUUGGGCAUCAACAUCUCUGUUAUUGUAAGCCAAAAAAAAUUAUGAAAAUCAGGCAGUAUGACUUUUAAACCAGUGUCAAAGUUUUAAGUGAUAUUUUAUUUUGUUCCCAAAUUGAUAAGACGAGGUUGCAAGUUUCUCGUUAGUCUAAAAUGGAUAAGUUAUCUAUAUAAUCCCUCACGUUUAUAAUCCCUUAAUAUGCCAGGUUCCCACGCACUCCUAAUCUUUUAAACUUGUCAAAUAAAGUAUUGGAUUUUAUUGGAGACUGGAGUGCAUAUAUAUAGAUAGAUAGAUAUAUGUAUACGUACAAUAACGUACAAUAAAGCAUAUGCAGUCUAAGUUAGAACAUAGCUAUGAGCUAAUGGAAAUGGCCAUAUCCUUAUAGGCUAUAGAGCAUCCUUUGCAUGAUAUAAACGGUAUUCAAGAGCUAGCAGUGUACAACUAUAAUAUACUGGCUAAAAUAAAACACGAAGAAACAGGAGAUAAUUGCACAAUAUGUUAUUCAGAUUGUUUUUCCUGUAUUUUUUAUAAUGAUCGUUUCCAUAAUCAGCAGCACUAAGGAAAUAUUUAUAUAUUUUUACAAUUCAAAUAUGAUGUUUUACCACAUUUGCCCAUAGUUUUUUUCUCUUUCACACCUAGCAAUCCCUGACAAAUCAGCAAUUUCUUUUAACCAGUACACGAUUCAGUUUCCAAAGCUUUGUUUGGGAAUCUAAUACAGCAUGCUAUAAAUUUAGGGGGAACCUGGGUGGGCCCCGACUCCCGGCCAACCCAGGUUCCCCCUAAAUGUAUAGCAUGCUCCUCCAGCUGUUUAAAAUUCUCACGCAUUUACCUAUUCAUUCCCUCUAUAUUCUGUCAAUAGCUUCAACUCUCUGUCUACUUAUUUAUCCAUCACUUCCAAAUUCCCCAUGCUGCCUCUUGUCUCAGAUCCCCACAGUAUCGUUUAGAUUGUAAGCUCAUGGGCUAUCUAGCUAAGCACUUUGUAUGAAAGAGCUUAAAUGGCUGGAUCUCAGCUUACGGGCAGGGCCCUCUCUACAUUUUGUAUUUGUCUGUGUAUAUUGUACGUUCUCCACUGAUUGUACAGCGCUACAGAAUCUGUUGGCGCUUUAUAAAUACCGAUAAUAAAUAAUAAAUAAAAUAAAUGCUCAUCCAGACUCAAAUUAGAUUAUUAUUUUAUUAAAUAGAACAUGUGUCUCAAAUGACUUUCUUGAUAUUGUAUUAAAAAAUACAAAGUACUUUUAUAAUAAUACUAAUUAAGCUUAGGUCAUUCUUUCACACAAUACAAUUGUAUAAUACAACUUCGGCUCAAUUUUCCAGGGAUACGCACCAAUGUAAGAAUUCAAAGUAAAUUCAAAAUUAAUUUCAAAUUUAAGGUCAAAAUAGCCAAACGGAAAAAAUUCAACUAUCCAUUCACUUCCGCUGCUCUGGCCUUAAAUUUCAAAUUUACUUUGAAUUCGAUUGGAAUUCUUACUUUAGUUAAUGACACUUUUAGUGUUUAAUAAAGAUAUUAAAUCAAGGUGUAUUAUUUUCUAAAUCCUAUUCUGUUCAUCAGUCAUAAGCCUUUAGAUCAAGUUUUUUGGUCAAUAUAGUGCAGGUAUAAAGAAAAUUAUAAAUGGGUCGUAGACAUCCUUUAAUGUAGCAUGUUUGGUGUUCUAUAUAUUUAAAUAACAUUCCUGUUUUACUUCCUUUCAAUAUUUCCUGAGUUCAUUAUUGCAGCUCCUAAAUAAAUACGUCCCAUAAGGGUCCUUAUGUCUGUACUAAUUCCUUUACAUAAAUUUUAGAUAUUUAAGAUCACACAUGAUAUUUUUCAGGAGGCUGGUUGAAUAAUUUUUUCCUUUUCACUUCCUGUUGUGUCUUUAAGUAAUACUCUGCUGACAAAGUGGUCAGGAAGUGAUUAGUGUAAAGAAAUAUGACAUCCCCUACUGUUAAAACCCCCCCCAGAAAAAUAACAUUCCGUUUUAAAUAUCUUGAGUUCUGCCAUGGUAUGGAAAAUGUUACAUCUAUAUAUGCACAGACUAUUAAAUAUGUUCUCUCAUAAAAAAGCAAUUUGUAUUUUACCUAUAUUGAUUUCCUGUGAAGGGCAGGUUGAAUAGUCCAUAGUCUGCAAGGAAUAAAGAACCUUCAGGAUUGUGGGUGGCAUCUGUACAACUUUACAGCGUACUCAGAAUCUUACAUAAUUUAUAUCUGACAUUCUAAACAGGGUCUUUUUUAAAGAGCAUCUUUUUUUUUUAAAUAACAUACAUUUUUAAAAGUAGAAGAGAUUGUAAAGCCCAUGUAUCGUUUUUAAUAUAAUCAUUAUAUUAAUUGUUGGCGUAUUUAAAAUGAUAUUAAUAUUAAAAAUACUUUUAAGUGUUAUGUUGAAAAUUGCAAACAAAAUUGCAACCUUUUAUCAAUGUGCAUUUAAAAAAAAAUAUUUUACAGAAUGAUAAAUUAACAUUUCAAUCUGCACUCACGUUAUUUUUGUUAAAUCCAUUAUUUGAACAUAGGAAACAUGUAUCAAAUUAGGAUUUAGAGCAUGCAGCUUGAAGAAUGGCCAAACGUAAAUUGAAUUUUAUUUCAAACUUUUCACAUGAAUUAAAUUUACAACUUUAUCUUUCAUUAAGCCUGCACAUAGACAUGCCGUAAAGUAAUUUAAAAAAAAAAAAUUGUGGGCAGUCAUACUAUUCUCUAGAGAUGGAAACAUAUAUUCUACAUCUUUAAGCAAAAAGUAGUUACCAAAUAUUAGUCAGGAUGGGAUGCACCUGUGCUAAAAAUUACCCCCGGGUUCAGAAAAUAAAAAAACAGAGAGAAAGAACAGAAAAUUUUGUUUGGAUAUUUUUCAUAUUUUUAGAAUUUUUCAUGAAAGUUUCUUUAAACACUCUUUAAGCAUUCAUACUCAAUGCAAUCUUUAUGAUGUAAAAAAAGACAAAUGCAAAUAUAUAUUUGAUAUUACAAUUUAAUAAGUUGGAUAAGCUUUUUAAAUUAUUUAACAAUUUUGGCUAAACUUUAAAAAUUAUUUAAUAUUAUGAAAAAUAAUGAAAUUUUUUAAAAUUUUUUUAUUUUUAAAUAAAUAUAUUGAUUCAUUUUUUUAAACAUGAUAUACUUUUUCAUACUUUAUUAUGCUUAAAAAUAGUUUUGAAAGUUUAUCCAAAAAUACUAGAUCAUUUGACAAGUUUAUCCAACAAUGUUAAAUCAGGCCUUGUUUAGCUAAUUAGCUUAAUACAAACCUUACUUGUCAAUUUGGAUGAAAUGUUAUUUUUCAGGAAAUACUUAGGGAUUUGUCAUGUAAGAAUUAAGACUGUAUUGGCUAAUCUCUAAAUAUUAGUUUUAUGUUUACUUGGAAAAUUACUUUUAAAAUUUAGGCAAAAACAGAAAGGUUCAGAAAACCAUCCAACUAGGGUAAACUGAGAUUUUAUUUGGCUUUGCAGUCUGGCAAACAGUGUAAAUUCCAAAUGUCUAAGGAUCACUUAUGAUGCCUUGAAUGAAUUCACACACAAAACAUCUCAGGAGAGUGACAGUAUCAUUCUCCACCCAUAAACACAGAUGAUUAUGUUUUAUACUUAGCUGUGCGUAAACCUCAUCCCAAUAGACACGUUCAUAACAUUUCAUAGACUGGAAACACCUAUGUUUUUUUCUUUCUUAAAGGGUACUCCAAUCACCAUGACCACUUCAGUGAUUUGAAGUUGUCAUACAGUUCCAUUUGAAAUAAUGCCCAAACAUAGUGCCACCCCUUUGCUGCUGGAGGUGUAACUCUACCCCUGGCAGCAUCAUAAGGCCCCAUUAGCUAGCAAAGAACAAGAGUUAUGGCUAAGGAUUUAUUGGUUAAUGUCAAUUCUGUGCAUCUUUCUGUACAAAGAAUUGCAUCCAUAGUCUGAGAGUGGUUAACUAGUGCUCUCAGUCAAUCAAUGGUCAGCAGGAUCGACUUCUAGCUAACCGGGCACCCCCAGGUAAGUGGACAAACCAUUGCAAAACAAUUUGCCCCAUUACUGGAAAAUGGAACCAUGGCAUUCCAGCACCAUAACAUGCUGUAGUGGUUAUAAUGCUUGGAGCAGCCAUUAAUUUAUAAAACGGUUUGAAUAAGCGCACAAUAAAGACUGACACAUACAUUGAGUACAUAAAAGAGGAAUUGCCCUCUCAAAUAAUGUUUCCUCUUUAAAGUCUCAAAGGUAUCAUCUUUUUAUACUGAUUUGGAUCUUGAAUAUCUCCAGAAUGCAAUCUUUAAUUUUCACUGCAUGAAUCCUACUCAAAUAAACAUCAACAUAAUUACUUUUUCUUACAUGAAGAAAUUACCGUAAUAACUUGAGUAUAAGUCGACACGAAUAUAAGUCGAGAGCCCUAAUUUUACCCCAAAAAACUGGGAAAACUUAUUGACUCAAGUAUAAGACUAGGGUGGCAAAGCAGUAGCUACUGGUACAUUUUAUAAAUAAAAUUAGAUCCCCCAAAAAUUAUAUUAAUUCAAUAUUUAUUUACAGUGUGUGUAUAUAAUGAAUGCAGUGUGUGUGUGUGUGUAUAUAAUGCACAGUGUUUGUAUGAAUGCAGUGUGUGUGUGUGUGUGUGUGUGUGUAUGAAUGCAGUGUGUGUGUGUAUGAAUGCAAUGUGUGUGUGUGUGUAUGAAUGCAGUGUGUAUGUGUGUGUGUGUAUGAAUACAGUGUGUGCGUGUGUACGAAUGCAGUGUAUGUGUGUGUGUGUGUGUGUGUGUGUGAGUGUGUGAAUGCAGUGUGUGUGUGUGUAUGAAUGCAGUGUGUGUAUGUGAUGCAGAGCCUUGGUGGGGGGUGGGCAUUUUUAUUAUUUUUUUUAAAUGAUUAUUAUUAUUUUUUAUUUAUUUAUAUUAUUAAUUUUUUUUUAUUUUAAUAUUAUUUAAUUUUUUAUUUAUAUUUUUUUCGUACCCCCUCCCUGCUUGUUAGCUGGCCAGGGAGGGGGCUCUCAUUCCCUUGUGGUCCAGUGGAUGGGCUGUGUAGGAGGGGGCCUGGCAGAGAGCUGUAACUUACCUUUCCUGCAGCUCCUGUCAGCUCCCUUCUCCUCCUUGUCGGUCAGCUCCCUUCUCCUCCACUGUAAGUCUUGCGGUGUGACUGCCGCGCGGAGCGUUGCCACGGUAACCCGUGGCAACACUCUGACCCCCAUGGCUCUCGCGAGAUUUACAGUGGAGCUGACAAGGGAGCUGACCGGAACGGAGGUGAAGGGAGCUGACAGGAGCUGCAGGAAAGGUAAGUUACAGCUUGCUGCCAGCCCCCAACAGGACCGCCGGGCUUGUAAUGAGCCCGGCGGUCCUUGUCUGUAUUAUGGCAAUAUAAGUUGCCAUAAUACAGACAUUGACUCGAGUAUAAGUCGAGUGGGGGGUUUUCAGCACAAAAAAUGUGUUUAAAAACUCGACUUAUACUCGAGUAUAUACGGUAAUCAUAAUUAUUAUACCUUUUAUUUAAGCCAUUGUAAAAUUCAGACAGCUCUGCUACUACUUAAAAUGUUAAAAUGUUUCCAAUCAUUGAAGAUCUGUAACAGCCAUUGGUAAAGCGGAUGUCAUGAUGCAUCAUAAAGUGAUCAAAAGAAUAAAUUAAGUUGUUUUACACAUGCAAAUAUAAACACAUCUUCUUUUGUGAGUCACUAUUUUAAAAGCUACUGGAUUCAUAAAGCCAGCAAACCAUGUGAAGAAGCACAUUAUAAAACAUGCUUGCAUCUGUGCUAGCAUAACAAAUGUGUUAAUAAAGUGUCUUAUAUAUAAAACAGACCAUUAGUCACAGGAUUGCAAAUAAACUACUUGGCAGAGAGUUUUGAACCUGACACAGUAGGGAAAAGAGUCUGACCCAGAUGUAGAAAUUGAUAAAUUCCAUUCUACAACGUGUGUCAGGUAAUUCUACAAUAACAGCUCACAGAUCCCCACUAUUGGAUAGACAAAGUCUUCUAUCAUGUUUUUCUUUAAUUUCUAAUCAACGUACACUAUUUAUGUAUAUUUUCAAAAGCUUAGUUUUUUUAUAUAUAAUUAGCUCUAAAGCGGACACUGGUGGUGGAUAUGGCAAUACCCAGUGACAAUAAUAUCAGGAAGAAGGAACAUGAGAAAGUGGACAAAUACCAAGGACUGAAAGAGGAACUAGGUUGUGGAAAGUGAAGGCAGUAGUAGUCCCAGUUGUGAUAAGAGCAUUUGGAGCUGUGACCCACAAGUUGGGUAAGUGGCUUCAACACUGUCCAGAAGACACUGCACAGAACCCUCAGACUCCCAAGCCUCUAGUAGAGGAACAUUAGGAAUACCUAAAAAUAUAAAUUAGCCAGGAGGGUGAGAAAAUUGUAUUUUUUAAUAGAUUUAUCUACAGCUAGGGUUAGAGCUUGAGUUAAGAGUUGAGCUGGUUAGGGCAAUAAUUCAUGUUAUGGUCACAGCUAGAAAUAGAGAUACGGUUUAGAUAAGGGUUUGAUCUAGAAUUAGGGUUCAAGUAUUGUUAGGAAUAGGGCUUAGGUUAUUGAUAGGGUUAGGCUUAGAUUAAGAGCUAAAUUUAGGGCUAGAGUUAGCAUUCAGGUUGAAGCUAGAGUUAAAGGAUCACUAUAGUGUCAGGAAAACAAACUCGUUAACCCUUAGGUCCCCCCCCCCCAGACUCAGGGCCCCCCUCCUGCUGGGCUGAUGGGGUUAAAACACCCCUUUAGCUACUUACUUUAAUCCAGCACCAGGCUCCCUCGGCGCUGGUGACCUCUCCUCCCACUCCGACGUCAGCUCCCAAGUGGAGCGGAAUGCGCAUGCACAGUCAGAGCCACGCGCGCAUUAAAAACGCCCAUAGGAAAGCAUUUCUCAAUGCUUUCCUAUGGACAUUCUGCACGCUGAAUGCGAUUUUCGCAUUCAGCAUCACAGAAGCGCCUCUAGCGGCGGUCAGGAAGACAGCCACUAGAGGCUGGAUAAACCCUACAAUGGAAACAUAGCAGUUUCUAUGAAACUGCUAUGUUUACAUCUGAAGGGUUAAAACCUGGGGGACCUGGCACCCAGACCACUUCAUUGAGCUGAAGUGGUCUGGGUGACUAUAGUGGUCCUUUAAGACCAGUGUUAAUAGGAUUAAGAUAUGAGCUUAAACUAAGCAAUUUGGGACCUGUAUGUCUCUCUGUCCACGAAAGAUUUAACCUAGCCCUCAACCAAUCCCUAGCCUUAAUUUUAGCUUUAACCCUAAAAAUCAUGUAAUAUAAAAGAUAAAUAGCUGUAAAUUAUGUAUUAUCGGAAAUUAAUCUUGGUAUUCUGGAGUCAUUUCUAAACUUCUGUUUAUUAUGAGAAUCCCUUCCUUCAAUGGCAUUAUUUUAUCUGUUAGAUAUCUUUUAUAUACAAUAAAAUUUGGUCAGUAUUUCAAUGGUUUUUAAAUAUCUUAAAUGAGCCCUAGCUGUAAUCCUUACUCUGUUAAGAGAAUCUAGCCCUUUUAAAAUAAUAGCAAUGUUGAGGGGAGACAGGUAUGCUUUUAAUAUUACAGAGAAAAACUGGAUUUCGAUAUAUAUUCAUUUGUCAUAGAUAUUUAUGGAGUACGUUUUGGACAAUCCAUCACUGUUAUUAUAUGGUUGCAGGAUACUGAUGUGUUUUCAGACAAUUAUGUAAACAAAUGUUUCCUGUUACCUAAUACAAUACAUGUGUAAUAAUAAUGAUAAUAUAAUUCUAUUUUAUGACUAAAGUAUAUUUUGGCUAAAGUUUAUUUGUAACACAUUGUAUACAACAAAUCACAUACAUAUUAUAAAUUGAAACAAUAUGAUACAGAUGGUGAUAUAACUCAUUCAGUUAAUAUAUUGGACUUUCAAGUUGACUAGGGUAGUAACAGCAGGCAUUCCCGUGGAUAUACUGGAAAAUGAGUAAAAUAACUGCAAAAUAGCAGAAAUGACUAUACAAGUGCCAACACCUAAGUCAAACAGUGAGGGUCUCAUUUCUACAUUUAACUAUUUUUGUUUAAAGUUAACUCAGUUACUUUGUUACAAGCAUAGCAUUUGCAGUUUGCGUAUACAUUUACGAAGAUGUAUUGUUAUAACGUUUGUAAAGUGUCAGGUUACUUUGCAUAUGGUAAAAUGCUUAAUUACAGUCAUUUAAACAUUAAACAAUGGAAAUUACUCAUAUAACCUCAGUCAGGACUGCUGGAAGAAAGAACAGAAAUACGUAUUUGAAUUUGGGUAAUGCAAGAGAAAGCAAGUAUUAUUGGCCAGUAAUGCAUUAAACGAAAUGGGAUACUGGCUCUUAAGUAAAAUAUAUCCUGAAACAUUUGCUGAGAUCUGUCUUUUAAGAAACAAUCAAGUAAAUUUUAGCACUAUUAUGAGUCUGUGUAUUUGUUCCUUCCUCCAGCUGGAUUGGGAACCACUGUUCCACCAAAACAUUGUAGAGCUAUUUACUAAAGUGGGAAUGCAAAGUGAAUUUCAAAUUUGAGGUCAAAAUAUCUGAUCUGGAAAAAAUCUGCAAUAUAGCUUAGGUACCAUGGCCUUAAUAAAAUGUACUUUGAAUCCACAAUAUAGUCUCAUUUUAGUAAAUAACCCUGUUUUUGUAUCACGCGUUACCAUGAAUCAGUGUUAAUUUUGUCUACUAACAAUUUUAGUCAACUACAAUUUUUUAGAUUUAGUCGACUAAAACAAGACAAAAACUAAAAUUAUUCAGAUGACUAAAAUACGAUUAAAACUAAAAUGAACUUUGCUGCCAUAAUUAACAGUGACAUGUAAGAGAGGUCACAGAGGGCCUGGGGAAGGGGCAAAAGAGACAUGUAGAGGAUUUAACUAAAACCAUUAGAUUUUAGUCGUGUUGACUAAAUUCUACUGUAGAUUCUAAAACUAGACUAAAACUAAAACAAUUCCGAUGACUAAAACACGACUAAAACUAAAAUGGCUUUUAAAAUGAACACUGCCGUGAAUAUUACUGUCCACAAUAUUCUUUAAAGUUGAUUGCUUUGACUGGUUUUGCUUUGUUAAAAUAAUAUUCACAUUUCAUUAUUCUGUAAACAUUCUUACCCACCUGUUAUAUAUUAUUUUAAAUGAGUCACAUGUAGUCUUUAAGCCACUUCAGUGGAUUAAAUAUUUUUAUAAUGAUAUAUCAGUAUGAUCUUUAAACUGUUACGUAUCAAAAAUUGUGUGACCGUUUUAUUUUCUGUCUUUGUUUACUUAUAUAUUUUUUUUAUUUCACUUGCAAUGAUAACUUAGAGCUAUACACCUUUCGCACAAACAUUAGGAAAUAACUUUAAGGAAGCGUUUAAUUUCUUAUUUCCAAGAUUUUGUGGAUUUUGUUCAGUUGUAGUGAACCCUCAAACCCUAACCGGAACACUUAUCGUGUGGUCAUAAUUCAACAUACACUGUAUGUAACAAAAAAAACAAGUGAUGUCCACUUAACUAAUAAAUCUGUCAUCACUGAGGGGUUUCUAUUUCCUCUGAAAUAAACAAAUUACUUUAAGGUUCUUUAGAGCAGUAGUCUGCAAGGAAACACAAACCUCACUUGUACUUCAACCAGUAAGAUAAAUUAGUUUAAAAAUGGCAGUCGGCUGUAACAGAAGGAGCCUCUAUCCUCUCACACCUGCUACCAAAUAGGCAAGAGAUUUCCAUACAGCAUGAAUUCAAACAAAUCUUAAGUCAACGUAGUGAGGGAAAGUGCUCUAGAGCAGCCAAAGCUAAAUCCUUGAGACCAAAGCUACUGCAUUGCAAACAUUCAGGAUGAAUGAAAUAAGUACUGUACCCUAUGCUCUUCUGAUGAGUUUCCCAGUGCAGGUGAAUGGUUUUAUGGGGAAACUAGCAACUCAUGUGAUUCACUGUAAAAUAGAUCAGCUUAAACUAGUCUGGUGAAAACUUUUGAAAUAACCUUUUCAAGAAAAGAAACCUUUGUGCUUGGUACUCGUAUCCUCAAUUUUUGGUAUCUAACUUUUUUAUUGCACAUAGUUAGACAGGCGUUGGAUGCUAUCAUGUUUUAGGCAGAGAAAAAUAACUAAUAAGAUACUAAGUUAGAUUUAAAAAAAAAUUAUCUUAUUAUUCUAAAAUGACCAAAUAAUUCCGUGCUUAUAAAGAGAAUAUAAGGUGUUUUAGAAUAUUUGUGAACCUUGGCUGUUACGUUGUAGGCGACAUCAUGAUGUGUGUGCAUGCAUUUGUACAGAGGCAUUUUUUAAAUGUAUUUUAUUCUUUAUAAAAUUAAUGUAAUUUCAAGCUGUGCUUAAAUAUGUGUCUGUGCAAAUGGGAAGAACACACACAUUAAAUGUAUUGCAGUAUGUAAAGUUUUUAAAAUAGUAAGCAUUUGGUAUUAUUUACUCUAGUAUAGUAAUUUAACGAAAAAUAAAUGUAUAUUUUGGAAAGAGCCAAUGUGUCAGAGGGUUGAGGAUUAUUUAUAUCCCAAGUGAUUAAACAAGGAUACUAUUUUAUAACAUUAAAUAACCCAGUGAAGCAGAUAUUUAUCUGGAUGCCUUUACUUUAUUAAUUGUAUUCCUGCACUUUUCAAUGUUUGUUAAUUUCACUUUGUAUGUUUUUUUAUUUUGGCCUUUAAGCUUUCUGUCUGAUCCGCAUUGAUCUCAAUGUCAAUAAAGUUCUUUGUAGGUUCGGUGCCAUGACGUACUCGUGUGUUAAUGCUUUGGCGUCAUGUAACUACAUCAUGCGUCACACUUUGUCCAUAACUGCACCCCUCGUUUACAGUAACAAUGUAUAUACCAAAAGGCAGAUGAUUCUUCAUUUAAAAAAAUAAAAAUAAAAUUCAAUUAAAAUAUAACGGCACUUUUAUGGCAACAUUGUAAAUAGGAAGAAAUCAGAAAUCUCUUGAUACAUAAUUGAUGUUUGGUUGUACUUCCAGUCAUAUUUCUAGGCAGUUUCCAAUCACACUGACUGCAUACUCACCAUUCCACAUUCAUCCCGAGACCUUUUAUAAAAAUCCAAGGUUUACUGUGUUAAACGUAUUGUUAACAUUAUAUAAACAGAUGUGUGUGAAUUGUUUAAUAUCUAAUCAGGAUAACAUUUAAAAGCAUUAAAUGUAACAAAGAUUUUUUAAAGUCAGUAAGCCUUUUGAGUAAAAUUGGGAGUGUAUGUUCCAAAAGCAUAGUCUGAUUGCUUCUUUUAGUUUGGAACUAUUGUCUACAGCUAACUGUUUCAGAUGUACACCAUUUUUAUAUGCAGUAAGCCUAAUAUAAUCCCGCCUACAGUGACAUUAAAAAAUAUCUCGGGUUGGAAAAUGGUUGGGAGUUAUGUAUAGCUUGGAGGAAAGACGAGACGGGGGGAUAUGAUGGAAGCAUUUAAAUACAUAAAGAGAAUGAAUACAGUAAAGGAGGAGACUCUAUUUAAAUUAAGAAAAACUGCCACAACAAGAGGACAUAGUCUUAAAUUAGAGGGACAAAGGUUUAAAAAUAAUAUCAGGAAGUAUUACUUUACUGAGAGGGUAGUGGAUGCAUGGAAUAGCCUUCGAGCUGAAGUGGUAGAGGUUAACACAGUGAAGGAGUUUAAGCAUGCAUGGGAUAGACAUAAGGCUAUCCUAACUAUAAGAUAAGGCCAGGAACUAAUUAAAGUAUUUCAAAAAUUGGGCAGACUAGAUGGGCCGAAUGGUUCUUAUCUGCCGUCACAUUCUAUGUUUCUAAGUUCUUUCUUCGAGUGGAAGUUUGGCAUUUUUACCUGCUAUUUUCAAAUAUGUGUAAUAAAUUCCCACGCUUGAAUGAGUGAAUUUCCACACAGUUGUCCUUCAAGGAUAGAAGCUCCUGUGAAACCAUUGAAAAUGACACAUUUUUCUCUUAAAGUUCUCUUAAAGCACCACUAUUCUCCUGUAUCUUCAUCUUGGUGGGAGAUCUUGCCCAUGCUUCCUCAUUUGAGAAUUCUUGACAAAUUAAAGGUAUCAAUGUAGAAAAGUAAUACUAUAAGAGCUAAGACUAUCCAUUUAGUGUCAUAUAAUAUUUAAUACAAAUCCUGAGAAUGACUAUAUGCAUUGCUAUAAAACAUAUGCUUAAACGAUUUAUGAAAUUAUGAAAAUGUUCAUAAACCAGUUGGCAAAGUCCAGAAAUCUUUGGCAGCACAAUGAGUUUACUAGAGUUUUAUUAUUUUAUUUUGCAAAAAAACAGGUGUAGGCAGCUGAAAAAUACAUUUGAUUUUAACCACAAAAAUCCAUUCUUGUAUAGUCUUUUGUUCUUAGAUUUCUGCAUUAGUGAGUUUUAUUUACACUCUGGAACAGCCAUAUGAUUGAGUGAAGGAUAGUUGUAAUGACAUAAUUUGCAUUGCAUCUAGCAUAUAAUAUACAUAUUAAACUGUCAUAAAUAAUGAUUUGCAAGGCAUUUUAUUUCUGUAAUACUACUAUAUUUUUGCAAUAAAAGUAUACAUAUAACUAUUAAACAUAUGUAAAACAAAUAUGUCUAUAUAACAACUUUUCGCACUGUUUAUUUAAAAAAAUUAUUAUAUAUUUAUUUUAAAAAAGUGUAUAUGAAAUGUAGAAAGUGUGUAAAACAUACGUUGGGUGAGAUUGCUCAAGAUAAGUAAGAAAAAUAUACUUAAUAUUCUCUAUAUAUUUUUUAUUUAGUUAUUUUGAAUAAUCAAAACAUAAAAUACCAAGUGAAAAUAUGUUAAAACUGCAUCUUUUUAUGUAGCAGAAAACGUUCACGGAUAACUGAAAUAAUUGUAAAUUUACCCAAUUUUUAUUUUUGUUUGACCACCCUUAGUGGAUAUAUUGCAGAUAUACUGCAAUUUUAAAGGGGGACCUUUAAAAAAAUAUUUAUGUGGAAAAAAAGUGUUUCAAUAUUUACUGUUAUAAAAAUGGAAUAUAUUAUAUGCAGAGACAAACACAUUUUAGUUGUUCACCAUGCUAUUUCUAAUAAAAUAUUUGCGUUUUUAGUAGUACUUUAGUAGUUUUUAACUGAGACUGUGUGAUAAUCAUUCAGAGCAUUAUUAGUACAUGCACAAUAUCAGGUAAUGAGGUUAUUUAAUCAAUAUCUCAUAUUAUCCAUCUCUAGUGUCAUUUGCAGGGGUUAAACACAUUGAAAACACAUAAUUAUGUUGUUUCUUUGUUAUAUGUGCAAAUAAUAUGGUAUUCCAGCUCAUCUCAUUAAGGUGCUUGAGCUAACUUGUUUCUUUAAUGUGGUGCUGACUAAAUGUUAAGGAUCCUUUGUGGCAGUGUCUUCCAGAUCACUGGUUGACCUCCGUUUGGGUCUUAAUAUGCAGCUGAUGUAAUAUAUGAACUAAUACACACACCAGUAAAUAGACCGGAAAAAAAAAUGCAACUGCUGUGUCUGCAGUAUAAGGGUGGGGAAUAUUGGCAGACACGCAAAGGGCAAUGGUGAUAGAGGAUAAAGAGAGACACAUAGAAAUAGUGGGGAAAAGAGCCACAAGCAUAGAAAAGAGACACGUGUUUUAGGAGAAGACAAAGAGAGUCAAAUUGGAGAGAUGGGAUGGAGAGACAAGUGGGCGAGAAAUGACGAGACACAAAGAUCUGGAGACACACGGUUGUAGGAGAAACACAUGGUGGUGAGGAGAAGCAAGUGGGUAGAAAUAAUAUCAGAUCUUAUUAUUAAGAACUGUAAGAGAUUAUAGUUCCGUUCUGAAAUCUAUAAAUACUCCAGAAAUGAAAAGCUAGAAUUUGUACUUCUCCCUGAGGUUAAAGGAUUUCUAUGGUGUUAGAAAUACAACUCUGGACUCCUAACACUAUAGUGCUCUCUGGUGUCAACCUUGCACUCCCAGCAUAUAAAGGGUUAAAAACCCUUUAUUUACUUACCUGAUUCCAGUGCCAAUCUCCCACAUCUGACGGGGGAACCUAAUGUGCAUACGCGACGAGGUCCAAGAGCGCAUUAGGCUCUCCCCCUAGUAAAGCAUUGAAUCAUUGCUAUGGGGGUUUCACUGAUGCUGGAUGUCCACAUCCAGAGCGUGAGGACAUCCGGUUUCAUUUGGGCGAUGCAGAGUUGGGUAAACUCCCGGAAGCACUUCUAGUGACUGUCUUUUAGACAGCUACUAGAGACGGUCUUAAUCCUGCAAUGUAAACAUUGCAGUUUCUCAAAAACUGCAAUGAUUUACAUUGCAGGACUAGGGCAAUAGGGACACUGUACCCAGACCAGUUGAAUAAACUGAAGUGGUCUGGGUGCCUAUGAUGUCCUUUUAACCCCUUAAGGACCAAACUUCUGGAAUAAAAGGGAAUCAUGACAUGUCACACAUGUCAUGUGUCCGUAAGGGGUUAAGUCCUGCUAAGAUUAUUUACAUAUGGAAAGUGCCUUCUUUUUGCUGGGCCAGGAGCAAAAACUGCAUUCAAGCAAAACACAAAACAGAUUGGAAAAAUAGGCCAAAUUUUCCUUUCAGUAUACUAAAUUUUCACCCUAUUUGACAAUUAUAUUUGUAUACUCUGUUGCAUGAGGCUGUAAUAUUUAAUAACUGUAUUAAACCAGAGUAUUAUAUAAAGUUACCUAGUAAUUGUAAACAUAGUUACCGACAGAGAGAUCUAUAUUAGACAUGGGCACAGCAUAAAUAAAGGACCCUGAAAUUAAAUAUUUGAAGCAAGAUCGGUUCAUAAUAAACUCAUGGUCCAAGCUGUAUCUAGACUUUCCUCAAUAGGCAUUUUUUGAGUUGUCAUAACUGCUAGUUAUGAAAAGUGAUGAAAACUGCAACAGUUAGAUAAUAAUAUUUAAAUUCAUCUGCUUUUUCAUGAAUAUUUCGCACCUCUUAUUUUUACAUUUUAAACAUGAAUUAAGGAAAAUGAAGGAACAAAACUAGAGAAUAGUAAUACCCCACCUAACAUACAAUAUAUAUAUAUAAAAAUAAACAUUAAAAGCAUGGCUUUACACGUGGAACUGAGAAAUAGGAAUGUUAAGUGUCUGUUCCUUCAGUAACUAUGGAUAGUAUUGUUCAGAAUUGUGACUUCCUUUGAUUUCUGAUGUAAAGUACACCCUGGCUCAUCCAUGUAUUGUGUGAGAUGAUAUUCAGAAAUGUAAUCCUGUAAAGGAAAUAGUGGGUUGCGUCAUUAUGAGGUCUACCUCACAUUUCUCAAAUUCAUCUGGCUGCAAAUGAAUAUUUGUGUUAUGAUGAAUUGUUAUAACAUCCUUAAAGGGAAAAUACUUAGACUGACCUUUGGAGAAAUCAGUCUGAGCAGAGCUUUUAUUAUUUCUACGCUGAGAAUAUAUAUUUUUUUGUAUCUGCAUUUUAAUAACAAUUGACGUUAAUGAAAAAAUGUAAAUACGUUAUAUGAUCUUCUGGUAUUUAUUUGUACUUACCAUGUUAACAUUUUGUAUUAUCUGUGUAAUGCAGUGAAUGCUGGGUGUUGAUCUAGGACGGUGCACUGGCACAUACUAAACUUUUUCACAACUAGGUUGCCAAGUGUGGCAGAAAUUUAUGAUGACAAAAAUGGGUCUGUCAUGAGUUGUAUGUAAGUGUGUGUGUUUGUGUCUGAGUCUGUGUGCACACAUUUGAGUGUGUGUGUAAAAAAAUAAUAAUAUUGUAAUAUUGCCCAAUGUCCAUGAUGCUGUGCAUAUUUUUUAAGGUUUUAUGUUCUUAAUAUUUUGCUUUAGCUGACAAAGAACUACUAUAGGUAUCUCAAUGAAGUGGUCUGAGUGCUUCGGCGUAGUUAUAGUCCUGCAAUGUAAAAUAUUGCUAUUUAGCAGAAAUGGCAAUGUUUUCAUUGGCAGGAUAAACACACCUAUUGUGGCUGUCAGUCACUAGAGGCACUUCCUCUAUGAGAACUUCGUCCUCACAUUUCACAUCAUGUGAUGCUUCUCAUAGUGAGCAAUCGAGUGGAUUACCAUGCACUCGACGCACAUGUGCUUCUCAGCCCCAGUGUUCCUCUGUAAGAAGCACUGGGUUGGAUGAGAACGCAGAAGAUGUCGGCAUGUUUGCUGAUGAAGAAGAAGUCAGGGCAGGUGGCUUCAAUUAUGGUGUCUUAGCAAGGUGAGUAAAAUAUAUUUAACUUUUUAUCUUUUCACAGAAAAGGGGGGUGGACAGAGAUCCCUGUAAUAGCAGGGAUCUCAUAGUCCUGAAAAAAAGCUGCGAUUAAGACAAUAAAUACCAUUUGCACAGAUAAUUCCUUACAAAGGGGUGCUUAUAAUAUAAACAAAAAUAGCUUUAACAUACUGAUUACUGACUAUUCAUUGUAAACAAGGAGAAAAGAAUUAAAAAAAAUAGAUAUCUUCUGCUUGUGAAGUUUAUUCAAGAGCAGGCAAAUACAGAGGACUGACGUGUGAACUGUGGAAAAUUCAAACUAAUGUGAAAGUGAACUUCAACAUUUUUUUACCAAAAGGUAACUUGGGGAUCGUGUCCAAUUCUGUUGUUAUGGCUUACAUUUUGAAAUUCAUUUUGAAUUCCAACAGCUCAUACUUUAGUAAAUAAUCUUGAAGGUGCUAAUGAGUAAGUUCUAUUUGUCCAUGAGAUCAUUCAAGCCCACACCACCAUUGCAGAUUAAUGAAUAGACUUAUAGUUAUGUUUAUGAUGCCAGGAGAACCCUGGCACCAUUCCUCAGUGAGGUGGCAAACAGUUUACCGAGCCCCCUCGCAUGCUUGCUGAACCAGUAUAUGGCUUCUGCAGCUCUAUGCCAGUUCUGACAUUCUUUCCUUGUCUUUCAGCCAAUGAGUGAACCUCUGUACAAAGAAAAUGUACAGGUUUAACAUUACCCACACUCUUGGCUAAUGAAGGUUUUCAGAGGUGAAAUUAUACCUCUGGCAGCAACAUAAAAUAUCAGCACAAUAUAAUUAUGUCCAUCAUUCCAUAUAAAAAAAGUUGCACUUGCAGGGUCCUUGCACCAUGACCACUUCAAAACACUGUGAUGUGAUUAUGGUGCUUUGAGACUUUUUUUUAAAUCUGGUUGUAGUUUGAGAACAUUGUGGCACCUAUGCCCUGCAGUCCUUUAAAGAAGAGGUAUGCUUGUGUUGUCAUCAUUUAUCUUGCUCACGGUGCUUGAGGUCUAGCUUUGCAUCUAUUUUCACUGACACAUAGUAUGACACGCAGUUGCAAAGCUACAAUUAUCAUAAACGCAGAUUCAUUUUGAAACACAUAAAACUAAACAUGUGCAUUAUAAAGCAUAGGUCGAACUAUUUUUAAACUGAACAUGUGAAGUAAAAUGAAGCAGUUGGUAUUUGUAGAAAAAAAAAUUGUUGUGGUCAGUGAUUUCACAAUAUGAUGCAUGCAAAUUGGGAGUGUUUCUGGGAAAAGAUAAUAUUUAUUUAAAAAAAAAAAAAUAGAAAUUCCCAGAAACAUCUUAAAAAUAAAUAUUUCAGGGCAUAUCUAGCUGAGAUGUAUAAUACUUUUAAGUGCAGCUGCCUUUUGGAAAUAUUCAAUAUAUUCAUAAUAAUAAUAAUGUAUGCUAGCUAUACAGUUUAAUUUUACCUUUCCUAGUCCUAAAAGUGAGGAUUAAUUAAUGACAUAUUGGCAUAUUUGAUCAUCAUGAAAAUAUAUAGAAUUUAUUUUUAAAGUUUCGUUUUAAUUUCCUAUGCUAUCCAUAUGUCUUUAAUUGUUGUCAAAUUCUAAUUUGCUCUGUUCACCCUCUGUCUUUACUGUGCCCCUCCAGGGCUCAAAAUGUCACUCGCCCACUAGCAAAAUAGUAAAAAUUCAGACGUGGGAAGUAGUAAAUUCACUCCUUGUGAGUAUUCUGUGGACCCUCUAACUUUAAGGCUUGUCUAGUACUAUAGGACAAUUGAGUUCAAGCCUCUCUAUCAAACAUCUAUAUCUUUCUACUCUUAUUUCUUUCUUCUCAUUACCCAUUUCACUCACCCUUUCUUCUUCUCCCCAUCCUGUUGAGCUCACUGUUUUUAAAGGCUAUCUUCUAUGUCUAAUCUCUCUUCCAUUGCAUAUCUUGACUAAUCCCAACAGUUACACCUACCUCCUCAUACUAUUUAAUUGACAAAUACCUUUGGUCAAAUUCUGCCACCGACCCACUGAUAUGUAUCCACACUUGGGUUCAUAUUUUGAGACUAACAUAUGUGUCUGAAAAUAUGGCUCAACUCUAUAUCAGUUCUGCAGUGGCUUGGAUUUGGAUUCCAUUGUCUCUAGUAGACCAACUGCUGGAGAUUGAGUCCAGCAACAGCAGAUGGGCAAAGAUAUUUGAUAUAAAAAGUUUCAUUAUUCAAUAAUUUGGCAGGAAGAGGUCAAAGAGGAAAUUUAGGGCUAUUUAUCGGUCAAGCAUACAUGGCUGCUCUUUCAGGUUUGGAGACAUCUUGUGGGGCUGGAUCUAGAAAAGCAGAGAUUUUUACCUCAUAAAAUAUUUAAAUAAAUGAUGCUAUAGAUUCAGUGGUUUAUCUAAAGAGAUAACAUUGAAUGAGACAGAGUUUAUCUUGUAUAAAUAACUUUGCAGGUAGCAUAUUUAGCGCGUCCCUUAAAGUUGACAUAGCUUUUUCAGAGAGCCUGGUUAUUUAUCAAAUAAAGUAUUUUUAACAUUACCCAACUACAGUGAUACAGUGUUCUUAGAGAUUAGAACCGCAGUGAUUUGUGGGAAGGUAAAACUGAUAAACAAUGCUGAUGAGAAAACUGUACUUCAAGAAUAUACAAUUCCCUAUAUCAGCCAACAGACACACAGUGGUUAUAACUGGAGAUAAUACAUUUAAUGCUGCUCAGAUGAAAGAAUAUUUGUAGGUAAUGACUUAUUAGUACAAGAUUGACAUAUAUUUAAUGCCCUAGAUGCUAUUUAAUAUCCUUAGUCAUUUUGGGUCUGCUGCAUGUGGAAUAGUGGAUAAUGUAACUAACGUCUUUUGGAUCUUGUGCCUGCAUUACAUUAGUUCAUUAAAUGCAAAGACUAUUACGAAAGAAAAAUCACUAAAUAUGUGAAUGUUUUAUACAAUGAUUAUAGAGACUACAAUCUCAGAAAUAAAGUUUCUUGAACAGUAUUGCACAUUGUGUGCAUUCCCAUAAUACCUUUUUGCAGAUUUUUUUGCAACUUGACCUUUGAUACAUUGACCCUCCAUAAUGUUCUUCAGGUUACCACGGGGCAAAGUUAUUUGAUAGCUGGAACAUAUGGUUUGCGGGGUCCCAUUGGCUCUGCUCUGCUGAAGUAUUCUUCUGUAUUUUUUAUUGCUAGCUAUCUUUUAUUCUAUGCCUGCGUGGCUUUUGACAGUGGUGUUAUGUCCUUAAUGCCCACAUAUAUGUUUCACUAUUUUAGUUAUACUUAUUAAAUUACCAAAGUUAACUGAAAGGUUUGAUAUUGCCUCAGUUCGUCACACAAACUUACACACUUGGUUUCAUGUUGGUAAAUGGACUGCACAGAAGGAUAUAUGAGUAUCUUAAAACAACAAAGGAGGAAUUUAGGACCGCACUAGGUUAAUGGUUUCAUAUGAUACAUAAACGUAAAAUGCAUUGUAUGGAAUUAAUUUUUGUUCAUGUUUGAUAUUGGGACCGGAAAGGCCCUAAAAAUUGGAAAACAACACCAAGAAGCACAUUACAACCAGUAUACCUGACAUACCUUUAAAUCUUCUCUGUACAACGAAUUGUAUUAUAUGUUGAUGACAGGCCCCUGCGCGGGCCACUUCAUGUUGUUAAGUGGCACUUGGUGUUGAAACAAAAAUAAAGAAUUAAAAAAAAAAAACAACAGACUGGGUAAUUUAACCCCUUAAGGACUGUUUUAGCCAUUUUGUACGUUAAGGACAAGGGCUGUUUUAACACUUUUGUGGUGUUUAUGUUUAGCUGUAAUUUUCUUCUCUCUCAUUUACUGUUCCCAUACAAAUUAUAUAUAGUUUUUUUUCUGAACAAGAAGGGCUUUCUUUACAUACCAUUAUUUGAUUCAUGUCAUAUAAUUUACUUUAAAAAAUAAAUAAAUAUGGUAAAAAAAAAUUUUAAAAAACAUGUUUUUUGACUUUUACUUGAUAAAUCCUUUACUUACCUACGAAAGCUAAUGAAAAAAACUGCUAAAUAGAUUAAAAAUUUUGUCCUGAGUUUAAAAACACUCAGUGUUUACAUGCUUUUUUGCUUUUUUUUUUCAAGUUAUAGGGCUAUAAGUACAAGUAGGUCAUUGCCGUUUCAAAAUAUAUAUAUUUUUAAUUUAUCAAUAGUGACAUUGUAACACUGUUAUCUGCCACAUAUCUCUAAAUCACACCUCGCAUGUACAUAUUUUUUUUAAAUUAGAGAACCCAGAGUAUUUAAUAUGGAGUAUGUCCAGUCUUCUUUAGUAGCAACUUAGUCACAAACACUGGCCAAAGUUAGCAUUUAUAUUUGUUUGUGUGUUAAAAAUGCAAAAAACUACUAUGAAUGCUAACUUUGGCCAGUGUUUGUGACUAAGUGGCUACUAAAAUAGCCUGAACAUACCCCAUUUGCAAUACCUUUGGUUGUCUACUUUUGCAAAUGGUAUGCCAUCAUGGUGGGCAAUUCUCAUACGUGGGCUACCAUAUGCUCUUAAAGGCAACAUAAGCAAUCUGGCAAACAGAACAAAUGGAAAAUCAAGCCUUAUAUUUGACCCUGUAACAUUCAAAAACACUAUAAAACAUGUACAUGGAGGGGGUACUGUUAUACUUGGGAGACUUCGCUGAACACAAAUAUUAGUGCUUCAAAACAGUAAAACGUAUCAGUGUUUGGGUAAGUAAUUGUGACGGUUCACGACCGUCAUCAGUCCUCAAGGGGAUGUUUCUGAUGACGGUCCUGAACCGCCAGCGGUUGAUAAGGGGUUAAGCUGACUUUUUAUUACAUUAAGAUGAAGUGGCCUGAGUGACUUUAGUGAUUCUUUAAUGAAUGUGCUUUUAAACAUCAACCAUGUUAUGAAAUUCAAUAUAAACUUUGUGAUUUUAGCAAGCAUUAUAUAUGGUCUGAUUCACAAAACUCUAGCUGAUACAAGGUAUGGCCAUGUUAAAAAAGUUUUUUUUAAGAUCACCUGACUUAUUGUAAGCUUGAUGAUCUAAUCAAAGCAGCUAAUGUCUUGCAAUCAACUGACUAGUUACAAAAGGCUCUAACAGUGAAUUAUUUUCACAGUUGAAUGUUUGCAACUGACUUGAACUUACUGGUUGGUUCGUGUAAGGUAAUAUUAAAAAAGAUACAUGAACCUAACUCUGAAAACUUGAUGUAUAUUUGAUGUCCCAUGUUGGCAAGCCAUACGUUAAAAAAAUUGAACAAUGUCUCUUAACCCCUUAAGGACACAUGACGGAACUAUUCCGUCCUGAUUCCAUUUUAUUCCAGAAGUUGUGUCCUUAAGGGGUUAAUCACCAUCAGAUAAAUAGUUAUACAUACUAAAUAAAUAAAUAAUCACAUAUAGGAACCCCAAAACCGCCAUGCAGCCAGGUGGCUACUUUCCCAUGAUUCUCACAAAGAGCCCUUCUAAUGCUGUAGGGCACAGUUUUAUAAUAAUGAAUACGUGCUUCAUAUCCUCCCCCUUGUUCCUUCUUCCAUUCUGUGAGCUUUGGUAUUGGAGUAAAUAGAAUAUAUUAAAUGUUGCUGUUUCAUGUUGGUAAAUAGACUGCAUAGAAUCUUAAAACAACAAUGGACUGGGUAAUUUAAGAUGAAUUUCUAUUAUAUAUAAACUUUACGGAAGACACUAUUUAGCAGUAUGAAGGGAAAGUAAAGGAAGGGAAAGUAAAGGAAGGGAAAUAAACAUUUUAUUGUGAUAUAGUUUAUCUAUGGGGCUGAUUAUAACCCUGGCAUAUUGAUACAUAGGGAAGAGGGGAUAAACUAUGUAAUACAUCCUUCUGGUACUCUGUGAUUGGAAUGGCUGAUCACACAAUUUAGUGAAGGAAAAAGUAGGCAUUAAUUUGGUACUCUGCUUAAUACAAGGAUCGUUAGUUGGUUGGACUAUUGUUUACCAUCUUGCUAGUAAUAUAUUGGGUAAACAUAAUGUCAAUCUAUUUAAGUAACAAGGGUUCUGAACAGUACUUAUUAUAUUACUCUGCAUCACACAACAUAGUGAGAAAGCCAGUCACUUAUUAAUUUUAUCCAUGAUGUAAAGUAAUAACCUUUUUUACAUUGAUUCAUUAACUCAUGUAUUGUUCUUGACUUGGUUGUCUGUUUUAAAGAUAUAUCAUCCACUUUGGGGAAUUCAAGCAGUACUUCUGAUUUAGUGUCCAACAUAAGCUCUAUCAUUUAAAUGCUGGAACAAGAAGCACUCGUUGAUAAUUAAGUCCAGUCAAAUAAUAAAUAAAAAAAAAGUAAAUGGUGGGAAACAUCCAGUUAAAGCGCAUACAGUCAAUUUUCUUUUUAGAUGCUCAGGUAUUAAGGGUUACUCCAAACAUCACUUUAGUAACUUGAAGUGGUUUUAGUGGUAGGAGUCAGUAUGUGCAGUGUUUGAGCUUGAAACACUGCACAUACUGAGAUAUUUUUAAUUGUGUGCUGGGGGCUAGUUACACCCCCAGAACAUGACAUUAGCAUCCCAGAAAUUUGUAGUGGGCUGGUGAUGUCAAUUGUGUGCGUAAAAUAUGUCUGUCAUCAGUGUGCACUUCCCACUGCUAGCAGAACUGAAUCUAGGUCUACCUCUGCAUUCCAUCACACCUCACUCUGUCUUAAAAUAAGAAUCCUCCUUCACCCCACUCCAUCCCAUCAUUGACCUGGAUAGUGUGCUUGCUGGAAAAAUGGUCCAAUCACCAUUAUGAGAAGCUUAUGGUUGGAUUUUGUGAGCCCCUGUGAUGAUGGAGGGUGUGCAGAAUAUCAGUGCCUGGAGCUGCAAGCUGCAUUGGCCUUGAGUGAGUGAAACCUUUUUUUCAGGUUUUACUGCAAAUCGAUGGGAGGGGGACGAGGCUUUUCUGUAGUUCUUUGGACUGGAAAGGUCCCCCCUCUCAAAAGGGUAAUAGUAACCCUUUACUUUUUAGGUACAAAAUUACAAAACUAUUAAAUUAUUUAAUAUUUGAAUUAAAAGUUAAUAUUUUAUAUUUUGGUACUUGUAUUGUAUUUAAGCAUACCUUGACAGAUCAUAUUAUUUCCUGGCUUUGAGAUAGCAUUGUAAUGACAGAUGAACAUAAGAACAAUUCUUUACCUAAUUCAUUUAUACACCAAAUUUCUUCAGCAAUUAUCCCAUGAUUAUAUUUUGAUGAGUCACACAAAAAUAAUCUAUGCCUACCUUGACAGAUCAUGUUAUAAUACUUAUGUUUCAAGUGGUAUUGCAAUGACAGAUGAACAAUAGAACUAAACUUAGUUUAAUUCAUUUAAUUCAUACACUGAUUUUCUUUAGCAAUUAUCUCAUGAUAUUGUUCUGAUGAGUCAUAUGCGUGUAAUUAAGGCCAUCCUUUAGUUCAUCAUGACAAGCUAUUAGCACAGUUUGUGGGGAUUUUAUAGACAGUAUUAUCACAUUCAAGUUGUCUUGUUUUUCUGCAUAACCGUGUAGUUUACUAACUGUUACAUAUGGAUUGCACUACUUUUAUUGUUCAUACAAGUUAACAGUACAUUUAUUUAUAUAUUUUACAGAAAUCAUGUUACCUUAUGGUCUGUAAUAGGUAGAUGGGUAACUUAGAGGCCAAACUGUAUCUUGGAUCAAUGAUGGAACUACUAUGUUUGCCAGAGUGACUUCUUGGCUGCCCUGUCGACCCUAGCUGAUGCACAGGGCCAGUCUUGUCCAUCAGAAAAUCCUGGUGGGCCGGCAUAACUUCAGGGCCCGGGGCAAACAGUCGCUGCAUGUAGUGUGACCGCGUGAACUGCAGUCUGACAGGAAGGGCUCACUGAGAGCAACGAGCACUUCCUGUCAGACUGGGUACCGCUGUCCACUAGGCCAAGAUACAUGAAGGUGAGCAGGUGCAGGAGGGAAGGGGGAUAGACACAUGGAGGAGCUGAAGGUGGAGGAUAAGACACAAUAAAGAGCUGGGGGGGGGGACGAGAUGCACGGAGGAGCUGAGUGGAGAAAUGAGAUACAUGUUGGGGGGACCCAGGGCAAUUUUAGUACAAGGGCUCAGUGGGUUUUAGUUACCCCUCUGUCUUGGAUAUUAUAUUACAUUUGGACAGAGAACACCCAAAAAGUUGGGUACCUUGGGACUCACAAAGAGUCAUAGUUUAGAACUCAGGAAACCAAAAACUCCUUUGUUAGAAACCAUUAAAGGAACAGAACUUUGAUUAUUUUUUCAUUUCCUGGUAUAGCUAGAGAAUGCUAUGUAACUUUAUUAAACCUUGUUAUGCCAUGGAGUCAACCUGGAAGUUCAUAUAUGCAUACAGCACUUUAAAAAGAAUGCCCAAGCAGGCUUCAUUGAUUUGAUUACCUAGACCUGGAAAAAGUACCCCAGCAACUGUUGAAAUAUAUUUAAUAAAGAGAGAGAAUGAAGAACUACAACUAUCAGAAAAGUAACAGUUCCUCUUUAAACAAUUUACUGUGCUAUCGCCUUAUUUUGUUCCUUACAUAAUACUUCUCAAAGGUUUCCGUGAUGGGAUUCUAUUAGUUGACAAUCUGUAACAAACCAGUGUGGUGGGCGGUAAACCAUAUGUAAUUUCAACAUGUUGCCUACAUUACAUGGGAUGGGACACAAUAUAUACAUCAUUUACUGGGUUCCUGCUUGUCGUAUUAUGUUUUUUUAAAACUAGUUACAUAAUUAUGUGUAAUAUAUAUAUAUAUAUAUAUAUAUAUAUGUUAAUAUAUGAACUGUGUAAAAACAAAUUGAAAUAAUAAUAACAAAAAUAGCAAUAACAUAAAAUGCUUCAUUAUAUAAUUUUAACAAAAUGUUCUAUCUUUGCAGGGAGUUGGAAGUGUUUUGUACAUGUAGGGCAGGGAUAGGCAACCUUUGGCACUCCAGAUGUUGUGGACUACAUCCCCCAUAAUGCUCUCAUACCCUUAAUGCUGGCAAAGCAUCAUGGGAGGUGUAUUGCAAAACAUCUGGAGUGCCGAAGGUUGCCUAUGCCUGAUGUAGGUUUCCACAUUCAUUAAAACCUUUACUUUUACUAUUGUACUAGACAGUCUAUAUCAAAUCACUUAAGUCCAUUUUCCAUUUAGCCAAUGAUAUUCCCAAGUAUUACCAUGUUUUUAAAUAGUAGCUGUGAAGAGAACAAGUUAGUGGUUUUUCAGGUUCAGUAUGUAAAAUAUUGUUCUAGAGCGACAUUCACUUAAUGCAAAGUGAAUUUUGGAUAGAGUUACUUAAAUAAACGCAAGACCGUUGUUAUUAUUGUAUAAUUGUUGCUUUAAUAAAUACAAGACCAUUGUUAGUACCCUUGCUCUUUCCUCCUCUCCAAGUGGUGGCAGAUCUUUUGUUUCUUACACAUAUGAUUCACAGUCAUGGCAUAUUAUAUGACUAAAUGCAUCUGCGGCAAUGAGGGUGAGGUAGCUUGGUUUGCUAGAAUGCGAAUGACUGAUGCUGCACUGUUAUUAAAUAAAGCACUGAACAUUACUAGGUAGACAAGAAACACUUGAAAUUUAAUGGUGGGAUGUAAAGGCGUGUACUUCUGCUCCAGAAAGCUAUUGUGACUCUCUGUAGUAUGCAAGAGGAAAUUUGCACAUCAGAGGACUCUUGUGUCAUAAGAGUAUUGGUGCUUUGCAUUGCUGGUUCCAUUCCUAGUAUAAAUGUCAUUGACUAGGUGAAUGCAGCUGUGCCUGUGUGGGGCUAGGGAAGGCCAGCUAUGUGCUAGAUGGGUUACUUUCAAAUUGGAGUGGGACGCAUCCACUGUGAACAUUAUAUUAUAACUAAAUAAAAAUGAUUUCACUGUAUAUUCCAUGAAGUCUGGAUAAAUACAACCACUGUUUAUGUUCUUAAUUAUGGGCUAUUACAAUUCAAUAUGGCUGUUUUUCCAGUCUGUAUUUUUUUUUUUUUCUAUUAGUGAUUUUUUAGUAUCAUUAUGUUUCCUGACUUUUAUGCUAAUGGUACCCACUCCAGUGCAAUCAUUUAAAAAAAUAAAUAAAAUAUAUAUAUAUAUAUGUACCAAAAAGAUGGUGGUGAGGACAAACACAAUCUUACCUCAAUGCACAUGCAAACAUAUUACUGUUUUACAAUGCCUGCAUUUCUCACAUUGGAUUUUGUGUUUGUCCUCACCAAAUUUUUACUUUUACUUUAACACAUUUUUUACUUUUUGGUACCUAGCUAUCUACUCUCAGAGAGACUUUAACUUAAACAGACCAGAACCGGCGCCAUGCUGAUGAGACCCACAAGGCUGAAACUGCAGUCCACAGCUGGUCACUGAACUUUUUGGAUAAUAGCCCAUGUUUUAAUUAAAAAACCCUUCUUUAAACCAAUGUUAAUUUCUAAGGGUAUUUGUAUAAAUGCAGUAUGAUAUGACAAUGCCUGUCUGUGUUCAUUUGAAAGCUAGGAACUGUGGGAUAUAAUAUAUAAAUAUAUUAAAACUAAAGGAGGGGUGCACUCUGAGGUCUUUUCAAAAUACAAUGGUGUUUAUUCAAGGAAACAAAAUUCCCUGUGCUUGACGACCCUUCGGGUCUUCCUCAAGAUUUGUGAGUAUAUAUAUAUAUUUCACACACAUAUAUGUCUGGGUGUGUGCAUUUGUUAUUUAAAAUAUUUACAAACCUUGUUUUCAAUGUCCCUUUAAUCAGUGACAGUGCCUUUAUUUAUCCCUGUCACUCUUUAAUUUGUGUUAUGAUAAACAGUACAAAGGUAUAAUUUAUUUUAAUUACAAAAAUAUUUGUACUAUAAGAAACAUAUAAAUAAAUUUAACCAGAAAUUGACUUACUGUAAUAUCACAUAUAUUUAAUUCAUACAUUAUCUUCUGUAGUACUUUGAAACAUAGAUACACUAUCAGUGCAAUAAAAUGAUUAUUUUUCUAACCUUUGAAAUUUUUCUUGGGAAUGAAGAUUUAAAAGUCAACACAUGCAAAGUUUUUACAAGGGCACCGAUCACCGGUCAUUUUAAUAUUAAAAGUAAACACAUGGCAAUAGAUCUAAAAAAAAGCUGGCACAAUAUACAUUGCAGUUCUGAUAAACAUGUAUACAAAGAAACAGACGAAAAGCAUUAUAAAUGUUGUGCAGCUGUUACAAACUCACAGGGUUGAAUCAUUUGCCAAAAAUAAAAAGAAAUAUCAAAGAACAUUUUUUAUCUUCUGAGAAAUGAUAAAUGCUUCUGUACAUACAAUAUUCUUAUUAACAGGUCCUAAAAAGGUCACAUUUGCUUAAUGAACGUAUUUAUUUCAUUCUUCAGCUGGUACAAUUUUAAAGAAUGUGCCUCUACAAACAUUUCGCAAAUUAUCUAUAAAUCUAUAUAUACGUGUGUGAAACUGAUAUCAUUCUUAAACUCACGAAAUGUAAGGACUUUUGAUAUUUAUAUUUUGAAGGAUACUUUUAAAAAAAUAAAUAAAAAGUAGUACAUUUACUAUGUUUAUUUAAUGAGAUUGUAUAAAUUGCAAAGAGCACUUUACCCAUAUUUAUUGCUUGCAGAUAGAGAUACAAUUAGCAUUCUGGAACACAUGAGAUAGCCUGUGAUCACAUUUUCCACUGUAUGUUGUAAUGAUGAUAUGUAAACACUAGAAAAGGAAUUUACACUGAAGCAAUCUGCUGACAAUCUGUAAACUAACUUGAGAAUAUUGUAAUCUUUACCAAGUAGGGCUCUCUGUGCUGGCUGUUUUUAUCUGGUUAAAUGUUCUGUAUGAUUUAAAAGUAUGUAAGGUGUUUUCAUGAUGGUAUUUUAUUUACCAUCCUAACCCACAAAACAUGGGAUGGGGGAAGUGAUGAAGUGCAAUUGCUGUGCUUUUCAAUAUUUUUUUUUUCAUUAAUCGACAGUUUGCACAAUUGUGCAAAUAGGUGAAUCCCCAGUUUAUUUUUUAGACCCUACACUACCGUGCCUGGUGUGAAGGAUUGCGAAAACAUCCGCGCAGCUGCGUUUUUGUUUUGGUUUUAUAGAUGGCAAAAAUAUUAAACUGUAAAUCUAAUCAUAGUAAUAAAUAUGCGACUUUGUGGGCAAAAUUCUUUCAGUUUUAGGUACAAUAGAAAUUGUGCCAGGUUUUAUUGAAUAUUUGAAAUCCUUCCUACAUGCUUUGUAAUAAAUUCAUUUUAAAAUGGAAACUGUAACAAAAUACAAAGUGUGUGUCCGUAAAUUAAGGGAAUGUUAUACUGGUGAUAUUUCCUUGGACACUAGUACAGUCACAGCUAGACCUUAGGUGGGGAAUUAGAAUAUAAAAGAAUCACAAUUCUUUUACAAAUGCAUUUUAAAUUGUACAUUGUGGAUAUCUACAUAGUAUCUAACGACUACAAUACAUUGAGGUUAAAUUUAUUUAUAUUUAUGAUUUAUACAAUUUAUAGCUACCCUAUAAAUGUCCUAAAAAUGUCACUGCUUUUUAUGAGCUGCAGAUCUAUAGUAGAUUUGCAUCUAUAUCUUUAGACUUAUUAACUUCUUUUGUUAAGUAAACAUGAAAACAAUCAAACAAUCUAGGUACAAUCAAAAGAAAACACGGAAGCAUUGUGGUGUUAUACCAUACAUAGGAAGGGGCAAGUGCUCCUUAAAUUAUUUAAACUAUAUGGUUUUUAUGUACUUCGGAAAAUUAUAUAUUCCCUCUUGUGUGGAAUCACGGAAUUAAAGGUGAUGGGAAGAUAACAUAGACUUUUAUAACAAAGAGUUACAUAGUUAUAUAUACGAUAAAUAGCUCAUGAUUCUAGUUUUUCAUAUAAAAAAAAAAUAAGCUUUCAAGGAUAAUUUCUUUUGAGUGGGUCCACUAAUGGGCAGACAAGGCUAUUAUAUUGAAAUCUGUCCUUUAUGCAUCCUUCUGGCAGUAAAUCUGUUCAGACCAACUUCGCUAUUUUAAAUAGAUGGUUCAUAUAGGGUACACACAUAAUAUUUAAUACAAUGUUUUAAAAUACAAAGUAUAAUUAAACUUCCCUCAAGUAGGAUAUCUUGGUUGAUCCUUAGAAUGUAAGUUUAUUUGAAUAGAGCGCUCACAACUUUCUGGUCUCGUGUGUCCACCUAGUCUUGUUGCAACACCUUGUUUGUUAAUCUGUUUGCUGUACAAUGAUGCACAAUAUGCUGGAACUUUGUAUCUUCUACUACCACUACUACUUUUACUGCUGCUACUACUACUACUACUAAUAAUAUUAAUAAUAAUGUUAAUAAAAUAAUAUGCAGGAUAGCAUGCAAAUAUUUACUUUAACUUCUACUAUCAUAUGAAUGACAGGAUGGAGGCCAAUGGACUGUUCUCUAAAUUCGUAUUCUCUUAUUAAUGGUAGUUGAAUUAUCUAUAAGUAGGAAACUAUACAAAAAUGGUACGAAAAUGAUAUCCGAGAAGCCAUGCCUACCUCUCCACAUCAGGACUGAAAUAAGUCCCAUCAUUAUAUCUGCAACUUUCAUUUUUUUAAAGUUAUUCCUUAAAUAUAACUUUCAUCUGUGUUUUGCCUGUAUGUAUGACCUCACAGUAUAUGUUUUUUUUUCUUGUUUCUUUUUCUGUGCUGUGAACCAUUGAAGAACGUAUGCUUUUAUUACUAUUUUCCCCCUUUUGAAACAAUCUUGGAAGGUUUACUAUUUCUAACUGGCCUGUGUGACAGCUUAUUUUUAGAGGCCAUUUUGGUAGUUUGGAUAAUCGUUGCUUGUGUUAGAUAAAUGUGCAUAUUGAAUCUCCACCUCUGCGAAGGAGAGGCUAAUAAGAUGAAAUCUAUAACUUUUCAACGUAUUGGCUAUUUCCUGUGUUACUAUCUCUGCACUGUGAGAGAGUCAAUUUAAUCAGUAUAUUUAGAAAAUGUAUGUGUUCUAGAUCUAAUUCUGAUAUAAUCUGUUAGAUAUAACAUUUGUAAAAAGCUUCCUAUUAAAGAGCAAUUCAAGAUUAUGUAAAAUAUGUAACAUAUCUGUUGAUAUAUUCUCAUAUUUUACAUGGAAAAUGCUCUUUCAUUUGCAAUUUUAAAUGAGUUAUUUCACUUUAUGGGACAGGAGUGUCUAUUAAAGUAAGAUGUUUACCACCUACCCAACCACCCACAAUGACAAAGGUUCUCUUUCUUUUCCCAUCAAUGGUAUCAACUUUCCUACACUAGGAACAUUUUAGAAUUGACAAAAGAAUUGGCAAUUUCAGGCUAAUGCAGCUGAAUUGAAAAUAAUAAUAAUAAUACAACUCACCUAUUUUUCCAGAUGGGACAUUUUGGCUACAAUUUGUAAUUUCCUUUCAGAUCUCCGUAAUUCCCAUUGUAAAGAAAAUCCGUAUUAUUAUUAUUUUUACAUUUUUAUUUUUUAUUACUAGUAUUAUUAUUAAAUUUGUAUUUUUUUUCCAUUUAAAUUCAGCAUGUAACAAUAGUUACAGGAUUACUUUUUUCUUGUGUUUUUAAACUAGUAUUGGGAGUACUAUACAUUUUGUUUAAAAAAACACUCAGUACUGUUAGGAGACUCUCUACUCAAAGCACAUGACAUUGUCUAUAAGAGGCCAAGUCACUGUGAAGACUAAAACAUCUUUAAUAUUCUUUAUGUUUGUGUUGGAUGAGCAAUGGUAUAAGAUGUAUGUGCUCAACCAUCUGUUUAUACCAUCUUGCUGCACUUCUCAGAUUAUAACUCCAGCAUGUGAUUAUACUGUCACUCUUUAAAUUCUUUUGGGGGCAAAAUAAAUCCAAGAUUAGAUCUGGGUGAGGAUCACUUAAUACAAAUCUUGAAAUCGUUUGUGGCUUGUCAUCUGUAACUUUAACAACAUUAAGAGAUUAAGCCAUCUGCUUGGUGAUGUAGUAAUACAACAUAUAACUAAAUUACUGUACAGUACCAAAAAAAAAAAAUACACAAGUGAUUCAUAAAUCUGAGCCCUGGAGUUGUGGAUUCAUAACUACAAAGUGCCAAAGGAGGAUAUAUAGCAACUAUUUGGCUUAAAUGGCAGGCUCUUUAUAUGUCCUAUUAAUCUAAUGAGUAAUCUUGUACUAAAGUUAAAAGCAAAUUUCUGGACAUAAGUUUCAUGUUAUAAUAUUAGAAUUCAAAAAUAUUUAUCUAAUUUCAUUCCCCUUAAAGUAUCUAUCUUGUCAAUGCAUUUUCUUCAAUUGUUAAGAUUUGAAAGGUUACUCUGGAUGAAAAUGCAUCCGAUAGACGAGCGAUUUCUAACCCACAUCAUCGGUCCAGGUUUUCAUACACUCCCCCUAGCAUCAGAACUAGGAAAAGCCUAAAUCCUGGAGCGUUGGUUUGCUUUGGGGAUUGAGAACCAUUGUGAUAGAGUAAAGAUCGAUUUCAAGAUGACAGUAGCAUAGAGUUUGGAAAUAAGAAAAAAAACUAAAAAAGUAAUAUAUAUAUAUAUAUGUAAUGGUCCGUACCUCAAUCCUAUAGUUUCUGAUGGGUUUCAUAAAGGAGAACUGUCACCCCAAUACUAUCUUUUAGAGAUAGAGACUAUAUAGAGGUUUUCAAACACUGUCAAACCCAAGGGGUAACCCAACCAAACCUAAUGUUAUUGAAUAAUUAUGCAGUAUAUUAUGAAAUAAAUGAUUAGGACAUUGAGAAUUGGACACUGGAUACAUCAGAUUUGGUUGUUAAUUUUCCAGCUCAGUAUAGUCUCCUGUUCUCAACAACUGAAUACAUGCGAAUGAUGGGAAGUUAAAAGUAACCUUCGGUUUAGUUGGGGGAAACUUGCCCUGAAAAUGUGCACAGAAAAAUUCAGCGAUUUGUUUGUACACUUUUUAUCCUGAUGAAAGAUCAGUGAAUAAUUUGAAAUAUUUAUCGAAUAAUAGUUAAGUUUUAAUGUUUGGAAGAAGAGUGCUAUGCUUUGUUGAGAAUACAUGACUAUCCUGCUGUAUUAAGCACCAGGUUAAGUGGGAUUAAACAUAUGUAUGAGUGCACUUUUUGUGAUUUCUAAUAAUAAUAACUAGUAUUCAUGUAGCACCUUUCUUCCAGUGGGACUCAAAGUGCUUUUCAGCACAUGCUCUUGGAAUUAACCAAAUCGGCAGCUGAAUAGUAAUAGAUGUUAUUAUUACCCACCAAUUGAUGGUAUUCAUUUUAUCGACCUCGGAAGGAUGAAGGCAUGAGUUGACCCUGCCUGGAUUCGGACCUGUGACCUUGCAUUUUUGAACAGGCUUUGUAGUCAGGGAAGCCAAGUGAGCUACCUCACCGGCUAUAUAUAUAUAUAUAUAUAUAUAUAUAUAUAUAUAUAUAUAUAUUGUUCAAGUAGAGAUCAGUAUCAGAUAUAUAUAUAUUCACCUUGGGUCAGACAGUGUUUGAAUUAGACAUCAUUCUAAUGGUGUCACUGGAUUGUGCAGUUUAUAUAUAAAAACAAAUUAAAGAUGUUUGUAUAGAAUCAAGACUUUAUAUUGUCUGAAAUCAAUAAGCUGACACGUUAUUACACAUUUUUGUAACAAGCAAAUGUUUUCUGUUGUUGCUACACUUUCACAUACAUUGUGCUAGCCAAUCAGAUGAAUAGAGAUAAAGUAAUGUAUCUAGUGUUAUUACCAGUAAACUUCCUUUGCCAGUGUGGUAAACUCACAUCGUGACGGUGGCCAUCUUGAAUGAGACUCAUUCAGUGUUUGGUUAAGAAUAUUUAUCAUAUUCAGUUCCUGUAGAUUUCACAUUUAGUAUUAAAAUUAAUAGCUUAAUGUAAUUCCUUUACAUGUGGAUUUUCCAAGUAAUAUAACCUGUUGAUCAAACGGAAUUGACAGAAGCUUCACAAAAACACCCACAAACAUUUGUUCUAAAAUGACACAUUUUGAACUGUAAUAUAGCAUUUAUAUAGAAAAUUAUUUGCCCCUUAAAAUAUACAGGUUUAACAAAUUUUGUGGGGGGGAUAUUCACUAAACAGGGCAUUGUUAACUAAAAUUACAGGCGAAGUGCACAGUUUAAGUCGAAACAAAAAAAAUGGAUAAAUUAGGAAAAUUUUGUUUGUUUUUUUAGUUCAGGUAUUUAAAUUCAAUUAAAAUACCAAGAAACCUCAUUAUUGUUUUUAGUGACAGUUUUCUGCUGUAUCUAUUUGUUUGCAUUAAGUUUCCCAGCAAUACCAGCUUAUUCUUUCUAGAAAAGUAUUUGUUCCAAGCAAGAUACAGUUAAAUUUAGGAAAGGUCAUUUUGUUCAUGCCCCUAGGGAUAAAGCUUUGUACAAUUCCACACUUCUCUGGAAUCUCUGUGUGUAUAUUUCAAUCUCUGUACAUGCAGAGAUCAGUAUGGAGUUGUGCUAUUAAAUGAUAAUAUACUGAAAGGAAUUGCCACAGAUUCUGUGCGAAUAUUCCCGAGUCAUAUUAAUUGCCACCCCUCUGAACUCUACUCUAGACUAUCAUCAUACCAAUCCAAACAGUUGAACAAUUCAUCUUCUGAUGUGACAUGGAAUGGGUUAAAUUAACAUUACCCUUCUACAGAAGUGUAAUGUGAGGCUGGAGGUUAGAACAACAGUGACCUACUUGCUUGACACAUGUACUGCAAUUGAGAGAAGAUCCUGUAUGUUACAUCAUUCUGUAUAUUGAAGAGCACAAUGUAAACAUAUUCUAUAUCAACCCAACUGUUAUAUGGCGUGCAGCUACUGUUUUAGACAUUCACACCGGUUCUAUAGCAUAGUAUUUUAUAAAUUGAGAAACAGGAAUGCUUACCUUUCACCAAGUUUGUCAUAUGUGCUAUUUUGGAAUUUUCCCAAAACAGGAUUCAAUAUGCGACCUUGUAAUUCAGUGAAUCAUAUAAUUUAAUAAACAUGCAGUAUUAGCAUAUUGUAUACCAGAUGUAGGUUUAGUUGAAGAGAGGACAGAGAUUCAUCUCCACAAAUCCCUCAGGGUUAAACUUUUUAGACUUAACAUCUAUCAUAGGGCAUUCAAGAAUGAGUCCUAUUAAAACAUAACAAGACUUUUGAGUAAGUUGUAACAUCUGCAGAACAGAUGGAAACUAAUAUAAAACCUGCCAACAUUUUUUGGGUCUCCAUCCCUUUUUCCACCAGAGAAAAACCAUGAAGGCCUUUCUUCAUGUGAUGUGAAAAAAGAGUGAAAGGUCAGAAUGGGAUGGUAUCUCCCAGCCUGGAUCCCAAAAGGGCUAUUAAACAAAGAUAUUUCCAGAAACAAACAUAAAAAAAUAAAGAGAUUUACUGCAUUUUAAAUUUUAAAGAAGACAAGAUGUUUGGAGAGGUAAAAGGUAAAAAAAAAAAAAAAAAAAUCCUGCAAAUUUAUGCACAAGAAUAAUAUUUUUAAAUGCUUUAAAAAUGCUUAACAUUAAAACGCAAUAAAAUACAAAAUAUAACAAAUAAAAUAUUUUAAGAUUACUAUUAAAAUGUAAGCUGGAGAGUAAUAAAAAAAAAUGUUACAAAGUUCAUCACAAAAUAUAUGUUUGCUACUAACACAAUAAUAUUAAAAAAAAACUUAGAGGGACGGUCCCAGAAGUAUUUAACUUGAUAUUUUUUUUUCAAGUUUUUUUUUUAAUUAUUGAAUAAAGUAAAGCAGACAUGGUGUAAACAAAUAGACAGUUGAGUGGGAAUAAAACCAGCUUUUACAUAACACAAAACAAAGACAACAUAGUUAAUCAAGUAUAAGCAAAACACAGAAAGAAAAUAUUGAGAAACUAAAAAAGAAUUGUCAGCAAAAUAAUAAUAAUAAUAAUAAGUAAAAUACCUAUAGCUUUUAAUAUACCAUAUUUAUAGCUAUUUAAUAUACCAAUCAAGAACUGAGAAAACAUAAUAAGAAUGUCAGUAUGAGGCACAAAUUAUUACAAAUAAAAAUGAUCGUAUAUAAACAAGUAAACAUAAAGGAGCUAAAAAAAUAAAAAAUAAAAUAAAAAUAAACAAUAACUAAAAAAUCUACACCUCACCAGCGUACAAGCUCAUAAUACUCACAUACAAAAUAAGAAAUAAAAAGAUGUGCUGUGUCUAUAAGACAGUAGACAAUAAAAAUGAUCACAUUUGAAUUUGAUAGGAAGGAAAAUAUGACUUACCAGAAAAAAACCAGCACCAAAAAACUAAUACUUAAAGUGUUACUCCAAGCACCAUGACCGUGGUGUCAGGAACUUUAUAUGCAGCACAUUGCUUUGCAAUAUUUCAUACAGAAAUUAACACCAUUGGUGACUGGGGUAUAACUCUACCUCGGGCAGCUUCAUUAGCAAACCUAGAAAAAUGUUCUGGGCUGGCUAAUGUCAAUUCUGUGCAAAACUGGCAUCUGACACCAGCUCGCACAGCAUGCUGGCACAAGUCAGUCACCCCAGUGCCGCCCUUACCCUCCUCAGUCCAUCUUCCUUGAUAUCUCUUCCUUGAUAUUUUUGUGUUGGGGGGGUGGGGAGGGGAGUGGGUGAACCAGCACAGAAGGAGUUACCAAAAUCUGCUUUGAAAAAAAUUCAUUUUGGUUGAAGUAACAAAUUUAUACAAAAUAACCUUUAAAUAAACCAAAUAGUUGAACAAUCCAUUUGACCAUUCUUGGUUUAGCUUUGCAUGAAAUAUGUAUAAUAAAAGGAGUAUUUAAUGCCUAUUUCAAUUCGAGAUUGUAAACUCACAGGCUAUCUUACUUAGCGGUUUGUAAGUGUUGCAAAUGUCAGUCUAAAGUCCAUGUGCAGGGAUCUUUACUUAAGUUAAGCCAAAAUGAUCAAUACCUAUGAUAAACUGUUAAAAUGUUUUAGGUAAAUAAGAGGGUUUCAGAAUAAAAUACAUAAUGAUAUGUUCAAGUAAGACAACUGACAAUAAACUUAAAAGUCAGGUAUGAAGUAAAUUCAAUGUCAGUGUGGUCUAAGAAAUACAAAUGUAAAAACGUUUUAGAAGCAACUUUUGUUUAAAGUUUCUUUUGUUCAAAACAAAGAUCAAGGUAUAUUUUUUGUUGACCAAAGCCUGAUGUCACAGCAUAAAUGUGCCAAAUUCUUUUUUUUCUGUCAUAAUUAACAGUGACAAAAAGAAAUGUUAGCCAGUAAAAUAGAUGAGAGCCAAACAUAGUAGUCAUGAAGAAAUCUCAAACUUGCCAUUGUGACAAAUUACUAUUUUCAAGCAUGCAAAUUAAAGCUGCUUAGAAAGUAGCCUUCCCUUUGAUCUUGGUAUGGUGUAACGUUUAAAUGACUGUAUGCAUAUAUGUGUGUCAUUUUUAUUUAUAUUCGGCUAACAGGUGUUCACAGAUCUUAACAUCUAACAUUGGAUUAUAUGGCAGGUACAGAUAUAGAUAUUAUAACAGUCAGUAAAAUAGGUAUGAAGAUACAAGGGAUAACUGCAAUAAGCAAUAAGUGCAGCUGUGAAUUAUGACACCUCUGGUUUUUACAUAUGGUUUUAGUUUAUAUUUUCUGCUAUGCAAUAUUUAAAUAUAUUUAAGUUAGUCCUUGAAGUGGUGAUGGGUUGAUUCUUGGCAAACGCAAGAUCAGAGAGAGUUCUGCAUAUACAUGAUGGCAACAGAGAAUUAGAGUCCGUUAAUAAUUUAAAGGAACACUCCCGAUCCCUAAAGCAUUUUACUUGUUGAAGUGCUUUAUGUGGGAAGUGUCCUCUUUUUUUCAUUUUAUUAAAAUUGCACAUUUCAAUAAAAUUGGCUAUCUUGUAAAUUAACCUUGUUAUAACCCCCUGGCUGUCAAUCAGACAGCCGCACCCUGGUUGUCUAGCUCAGUAAAACUAAACUCAAAAGGCAGACAAUUGCUCAGAGCACCUGACAUGCAAAGACUUCUCACUGAGCUGCUUUGAAAGGUUUGUGAUUGGACAGCCACAGAAAGUCUGGGCAGGGAAAAAAGGGUAGGGCUUGCAAAAGCUUUAGACAAAAAUAUGGAGCUUUUGCAAACUGUUUCUAGAUACAUAUUAUUUUGUACCAUAUUACCUGGGUAUACUGUUGGUGCUGCAUAUUAACCCACGAUUGGUUUACAGUAAUAUGGUCUGUGCCAGCUUAUCUGCUUGGUAUUGUAUGUUUAUAGAUAUACUCUGAAAGAAAAAAAAAUACAUAAUUAAAUGAAUAAAUGUUUUCACUGGGGGUAUAUCUACUCAUGAUUUUAUUAAUUUAUUUAUUUUCAUUUGGGCAGUAGAGUGUUCCUUUAAAAAAAAUGCACAGUAUAUAUUAUAUUACCUGGAGUGUUUAUAUCACCUGGAGUGUUUAUAUCCCUUGGAUAAUGCAAUAUGUGUAGGUUAAUGCAGAGAGCCACAUAUUUGGAUUCUUUUAUACAUAAUCACUUAUUAAGGACAAAUUGGAAUUUAAUUUCUAUCAAAUUAGAGAACCAGAUAGCAUCCUUUAUUUAUAUUACACUCUAUAAUGUUUAAUUUAAACAUGUGCCAUAAGUCUGUAUAAUGGGAGGUUUUAGUCAAAGCACAUAGUGUAAUUAUAUAUCAUACAUACUUUUAUGUUGAAAAAACAAACAAGCCACAAAACACAAAACAGAGUGAAAACAAGUACAUACAUGCAUAUGACAACAAAUCGUCAGUUUUAACUCUAAAGAGCAAGGUAAUUGGCUGAACUAUUCCACCCAAAUAAUGUUACUUAAUUUCUCACUGAUUUUAUGACAAUUAUUUUUAACAAAAGCCAUAAUUUACCCAUUACUUUUUAAAGGAACAACUUCUGCCGGCGAGUUAUGCUAAAAUUAUAUAAUUUCACAUAAAUGUUUAUUGGCUACAAAAAGAUAAAUGCAUUCCAAACAAACACUAUUUAUUUCCAAAAAUAAGCAUUGUAACUAGCUUGAAUUGUGUAAUUGUCCCCUGGGUAAAUUUGCAUUGUAUGAGAAAUCUCAAUUUGACAAGGCUUUCAUCAGUUUAUGCAAAUUAUUAAAAUGGUGGGUCAGAUGUAGGUUUUGCUGAAAAGAUAAACAAUUUCAGUGUUUAUAAAUGUGUUAUAAUUUGUCUUAUUUAGGCUGUUUCUUUUUUAUUAUAAUAAUUUUGGGGUAGUUUUUGGGUAUUUUGCCAUUUUGUUGAAUGUACUUUAACCAACACCACAUGCUUCAAUAAGAAAUCUGUUUUUCUAUUUUUAGGGACUUUUAUUUUCCAAAAGCAAGUUGUCGAGAUUUUGUUGGGAUACAGCUUGUUUACAAAUUUGCUUCACUCAAGUAACACAUAUCUGUUUGUUUUUUUUUUUUAAAUAUAUAUAUUGCAGAUUCUCAAGAGGGAAGCUAUAAAUCAGAUUUAAAUAGUAAACCGCGCAAGGAGAGGACAGCAUUUACAAAAGAGCAGAUCCGAGAACUUGAAGCUGAAUUUGCCCAUCAUAACUAUCUGACAAGGUUGAGAAGAUAUGAAAUAGCAGUAAACUUGGAUCUCACUGAAAGACAGGUACGCCUCUGAAGUUUAUAGGACUGGUUUAAAAUCCAAUGUCUGUUUAGAAAAACAAUACAAUAGGAUAAUGAAAAAAAAUACAAAAAAAAAUCUUUGUCUUUAUCUAUCUAGGUUGAUAGCUUGUGUAUCAUGUGUCUGGAUUGGUGAGACCAGGCUUUCUUGAUGCCUCUCUCAUUAGUGAGAAAUCAUAGAAAUAACUAUAUUAAAGGCCACUAAGGCAACAUUGGAGACAGCAUUCUCCAGAAAUUGAUAUACCUAUCUCUAUCACAACGCAUGAGAGCUUCCAUUUAGAACAGUGCACACCACAAUCAACAAGACUGAAGCAUGUACGUGCCAAUACUGAAAGCCACACUUGUUAGGUGUUCCAGAAAUACACAGAAAGGUCUGAUACAUCAUUGGACCAAUGUGACAGUUAGUUAACAGCUGAAGCCCAUAGUCAUUGAUUGGCUCCAAGUCUGUCUCUUUAGUCAGGAAACCUAUCACAGUGCUGAUGUACCUGAGAUGUCAGUUAAGGUAGUCUGACUUUGAGAGGCCAAUCUACUAAGAAGUUCAUUGUUUUUUGUUUGUUUUUUUGUAAAUAUAAUUUUUAUUGUUUUGUCUUAUGAUAAUUUGUCAUCGCAAAAAAUUGAGACUCGCAGGUCUCAUAGGUAUUUCAAACAGGAAGGUAUCAAACAUAAAUGCAAGGGUUAGACACGCAGGUCUACGAACUUGUCAAUGGUUAGGAUACUCACAGUUCCCAAGUCAUACUGCAAGCAAUCAUUAUGAUAGGGGUUCACUGGUGGAACUAGAGAGCCAGUGCCGUAGAAGUAUAAUAUAUGCAAGAACCUUUGGUCCACCUAGUGUGUGUUCCAGGCCUAUAUUGUGUGUUAUAAACCUCUUAUCUGUUCUGGUAUAUUGUGCGUGGGGGGUUAUCAGAGUCAGAAGGCUUUACUGGAGCAUUUGAUUUAGUGUUGCAUCAUCAGUAUAUCCGUGUAUGGCGGGCCUCCGUCAAUGUUGUUAUCAAUCCGGUAUCCUUGUCUCCCGGUAUGCAGCAAGUAUCCUAGCAUUAAUCUGUCACCGCCCUCCUAGGUGUGUGGGACUCCUAUGUUAUGUGAUCUGCUUGUCUACUACUGCGAAAUUGUGAUCUCUUAAGUGUGCAUUGCUACCCCAUGCUCUCAGUGUGAUCGAGUGUCUUACAGGUGGGGCUAGUGGUUAAAUAGUAUCCUGCCGGAGGCGCUCAUCUCUCCACCUAUCCCGAUCCACCCGCCGCUGAAAGUCUAGAGUUAGGUAUCCAGAGUCCAUAGCCUGGGUUUCCAGAGGGGUCAAGGUUGGGGAGAGAGAGUUUCAAGUAGGAAUGUACAAAGGUGAGGAGGAAAUUAAGAGCACAUCUUAGUGGGGACUGCAGCGCGCAUGUGCCCCCCACUUACCACAGUAUUGUGCCUUGAUUCUCAAGUUGUCCUUGUGUGUGCCAGGUAUACAUACCAUGGUCUCCAUUGUUCAGCGCGUUUGGUGCUCCAUCCCAGCAUGUCUGCAUAUUUCACUUCUGCUGUUUGAAUCUCUUCUACCCUUAGUAACCAUUGUUCCAUGUUGGGUGGUUGGAUUUGCUUCCACAGGGCAGGAAUCAAUGACCUACCUGUGUUGAGAAGGUGUCUCAGGAUUGAUUUUUUUGUAUUGAGCAAUAGAUCGGUCUGUGAAGUGGAGGAGCACGGUUUUGAUGUUGAGAUCUUGUAGAUCGCCCAAGAUGUUGGCCAGUUCCAGUUUGAUCCCAUCCCAGUAUGCUCUGAUCUUAGUACAGUCCCACCAGAUGUGUCGUAGGGUGUCUAUCUGUGAUUCGCAUCUCCAGCACGUAUCAGAGACCUCUGGUAAUAUUCUGUGCAAUAACGAGGGCAUACGGUACCAGUGAAAGAUCAACUUAAAGUUGACUUCCUGCUGCCUGGAAGGAAGUUCAUAGUUAUCAUCAGGGUUAGUUAUGGUUGAUUUUGAAUAGCUAUCGUUAGGGUUUCUUUGGAUAAGGGUUAUGUAGGGUUAGUUAGGAUUAGGGCUAGUUAGUGUUAUCUAGGGUUUGAUAGGGAUAGGGCUAAUUAUAUUUAUGUUUAGCUAGGGUUGGGUAAAGCUAGGGCUAAGGUUAAAGAAGUGUAGGAUUGGAUAUUACUAGGGUUAUACAGAGUUAAAUAUAUCGUCAAAGUUUGACACUAAUCAGUAUGAUGACUCAGAUUGUGUCACUUUAUCAAAUAGCAUCUCUGGGAAGCAAGAAGAGAGGCAUGUCAAUUACAAUGUGUCUGCAAUCUGAUCCUAUAAUCUGAGUUUUGAAUUAUUAAUACACACAGGGCCUGAGAAAUUCACCAUCAAAGUUUCGUGUGUAUAUAGAAAUUUUAAAAUUACAAUUUACAGCAAAAAGCCAGCAAAAUCCCCCAGACAUUGAAGAUGAAAUUGCCAAGUGAAAAGAUACUCUAAAUGCCAAAUAUUAUUAACCAAAGUUGGCUUCUUUUAAAAAUGGUAUGCUACCGGAGUUGUAGGCUGUAAUUUUUUUCCAGAAAUGACAUGGGCCGAAGUAGUCAAUCAGUGAAAACUGGAAAUUUCAAAAUCAAAAUUAGUCUGUAACAGUAACUGGUCGUGUUAGUAAUUUAACUCUAUAACCUCACAAAUCUGACAAAAUUCAACAUGGUGCAAUUGUUGUACUCAAUGACAGUAUAAUAUAUAUUUGGUAUCUUUACAGUAGUGGGAUUCACAUGGUUUGUGAAUUUUCCCAUAAAAAUAAAACAUGCAUGCAAACAAAACAAACAAACAAACAAACAAACAAACAAACAAACAUGAAUUAGAUAUAACCAGACGAUAUGGCAAAGGUUGUUAUUUUGUUAUCCUUACAUAUAGAGUAUCAGUAGAAAUCUUAUCUGAACUAUAUGCUUAUCACAUGUAAAGGUGCACUUAAAGUGACAGCUGGAAAGCACAGUGGAAAAAAAAAUACAUUUAAAAGGUGUCAAAAAUGCCUCAUGUACAAACCUAUUGAUUGUUAGAAAAGCAUCAGUCACUAAAGGGUUAAGACUAAAAUAGUUGAGAUGAAAAAAAGCUGUCUAGAAAUUUGUUUCCUUUUCAUCCAAGCUAUCCCAAAGUUUGCAAUACUCUGGUGAAUUCUCAAAAAUUUUCAUCAAGUCAUUUAAUGAAUGACCAUAAAUAUGGAGAAGAAAGAACAAUUAUUAACACUGCAUGUACACAUGUACAGUUAAAGAGACACAUGCUGUUUUAUUUUUCCCAAAUAUCCAAUCCUGAACCGAGGUCCAUUUAGUGGUUAUUGGCAAGGCAGACUGUAUGGAAUAUCAUAUAGCAAGUUUUCAGGAAGUGAACACAAAAUAACCAAUGAUGCAGUUUAAAUUUCACCAAAACUCAUCAUGUACACAAUAAAAAUGUGCAAAUUAUUACCAACAAAUAUAAAGCAGAUGACAACGGCUUUAAAAAUUCCUAAAGCAAUAUAAUAGAAAAAGUAUAGUAUCAGGUGCCAGGAAAAUAGGGAGUUCCCACAAGCACAUAAAGCAAAUGUUUCUAGUACUUUAGCUAAUUGCUCAAUACAUAUAUAUAAAUGAAUGUGUGCAUGUAUAUAUAAUAUUUUUUAAUAAAAAAUGUUACUAAAGUUACACAAUUAAAAUACAAGUUAUAAAAUUAAAUUCCAUUGUUCAGAUUUUAUUUUACACGGAUGGGGAUUAUGAUGAGAGACGUGCAUUGUUUAGAACUCUUAUGUUAUUUAAAACCGUUCACAAGGAAACCGUACUCCAGAAUAAAUUAAUUAUAUCGUCAUGGAUUACAAUGUUUAUAGCACAGAUAACAGUUUAUAGAAAUCUUCAGCUUGUCAUUGUGUCCCGAGAGACACUUAAUCUUGUAACUUCUGUUUGUUGCAAUCAUAUUAAAACAGUUACAUUGGAUUUUAUAUCACAUUUAUGCAGGAAUAUAAAAAAAGAUGACAGAAAGUCUGUCGUUUUAAAUGGAGUAGCGUGAUUUCCAGUAAAUGUUACCGAAGCUAUAGAUUCCUAACAUGCAUUCACAUCACUAGAUCAGGUUUUACUAUGUAUCAAAUUAUCCGCAGAUAGUGAGUCGAGUCUUCCCAUAUCUCGAUUUAGAUCAGCAGAAAAUCGCACAGAGACCUGUGAUAUGAUUUGCGAUUGAAUGAUAAAUAUAGAGUUCCAUAAAUAAUAUACUCUUGCGUGCAAAUGAAUAUAUUCAUAUUCAAAGAACCUAUUUAAGAAACAGCUUAAUCAACACUCCAUAGACAUGAAGGCUAACCAACGUGUUGACUAAGUGAAAGGGAGCUAUUCUGGGUAGCAGAUGUAUGUUAUAGAUCAUUUUCCAUACGCGUUUAGAAAAAGAGUCUUAUACUAUCUCAUACAUGUAGCAUUAGAUUGUUAAUCUGUACAACUAUAUUGCUAUUCAAAUGAUACAUUUUAUACAUUGUUCAAUGUACAUUACAUACAAUGCAUAUAUUGUAUAAAAUGGAUAUGUUACUUUAAUUUAUUGAACUUUUUGAUGACUGAUGAACUGAACGGUUCAGUUUACUAUUUCUUGGGUUUCUUUCUGGAGGUGGGGAGUGGAGACUUUUAUUAGUAUUUGCAAAUGUAAAAAAAAAUCUGUAUGCAUAAUCCAUAUACAUAAUGCACUAUUAAUAUAAAAUACCAAAUAUAAUACAAGAGCAUUAAAUGUUUUAUUUUCCAAAAUUAAACACUGGUAUUUAAAGAGUUCACUUUAAAUAGUAAAGGCAUGCUUUAUAGCAUAGUACUUUUUUUAUUACAACAUCAACAUGUUUAAUUCAUUCAUUUUUUUAAGGCCCGUUUUAUAUAAGUUAUUGCGGAAGAAAAACUAUUUCCGUGUUGUGGAAGACCCCAUGGGAGAGCACCGAUUCAAUGUUUUCCUAUGAAGUAGUUUGGACGUACAUCUGGCACUUGCUGUGCUUGUGCAUCGCAUCCCAAAUGCUCCUCUUUGAGAUGCAUUGGAUUGGAUAUCAGUGGAGAAGGCCAUAUCUCCAGAGUUGGAUACAUAACUGCUGUAUACUUAGCAUUAAAGACUGUUCUAUGUGCACGAGCUGUCAGUAAGCUGCAACAGCUGAUCUUAAAGGAAAUACUUUCUGUUAUCAGAGUUAGACCUUACUCUGCUUAUUGAACAGCAAUUCUUCCAUUGAUGUCUAUGGGGAAAUUGCUGUCCAGUAAGCAGUGAAACCCUUACUCUACUAUAAGAUUCCAGCCCAUAGUGCUUUAACUAAUUAACAUAUAUUUGAAUGAUUUAUUUAGAUUGUAAGCUCUUGUGGGCAUGGCCUUCUUCAACUGUUGUUCCCGUAUUUCAUAUAUUUUUUGUUAGGAUUCAAUAUUCUCGUUUCGUUGUACAGCGCUGCUGAAUAUGUUGGUGCUGUACAAGUAAUUGUAAUUAUUUUUUUAAGGAUUGAGGAUGUAUUUGCACCCCUCUGCUGACAGCAGCCAUCUAGUUCUGUCUAGUACAGUGAUUUUACACGGCUCCUUUAUUCAGAUAAAUCUGCUGUUUGUCCAUACCGGUGAGCAGGAAAUGUAACAGCAUGUUUCCACUUGGAAUAGUGACUGGUCCAGAUUUGUUUUGGAAGAACCUGAACAUAUUUUGAAUCUGUUUCUACUCUCCUGGCAAGUGCUGCAUCUUCUGUCUCCUGUGCUACUGCUUCUGUGCAAACUGGGAGUAUGAAUGAUUGAAAUGUGAUUGGUCAAUGGCAGAAGGAAUAAAUAACUGCAGGAAGGAGAAAUACUUUAACAGGCACAAUGGGACACCACAAGAUAUAAAUAGAGUAGAAAAAUAAGGUGUGCUGAUGGAAAAGAAAACUCUCCUGUGUAUUUAUUAAAAGCAUAUGUGAAUGACUUUAAUGACGAUAGUUGGCUUUUUUUUAAAAUACGGCGUGCUGGAUUCUCUUAACAGAGUUAGGGUUUACUCUUCGUACUGAGUAGCAAUUCCUCCAUUUCUUCAAUUCCUCCAUGGUCCAAGUCUAAGGAAAAAGUGCUGAUCAGUAAACAGAGUAAACCAACAUUCUGCUAGGGGAAUCCAGCAUUAUCGGCUUAAGAAUAUUGUAAAUAGGAGUAAACACGAACACAAAUGUUUCUUAUUUAAUAUUAAAAAAAAUCAAAAUCAUAAAAAUUCAAAAGCACCUCUAUUAGAGUUAUGUAAGAAUUUAAGGUCAAAGUACACAACACAUAUAUAUACAUAUACAUGUCACGUUAUUGUACAUUCUGGAAUCUUGAGGAAGACCCUCAAGGGUCGAAACGUCGAUCGAUUUUCAGAUGUAAUUGUUUAUUUUUUUAUUAAAUCACCAUCUAGGUUUAGUAAAGUGCACUGUGAGUGCACUCUUAAUAUUAUUUGUAUACAUUUUUAUAUAUAUAUAUAUAUAUAUAUAUAUUCACCAUGAGCCCGGCACUCACUCUCCCGUCUUGUUCCUUGCCUCGGUACAAAUUCCAAACCAAGUAUUAAUCUGCACUGCACUCCAGAGGGCUUUGAAAAAGUUUAAGAAAAGUUUUUUUUGUGUCCAAUCACAUAUGUCAAUGAUUCAGUCCUCACACCAAGACUUUUGUUAAGACCAUCUUGAUAUAUAUAUAUAUUCAAACUGCUUCUCAAGAAUUUUUUUUUAUCACAAUACUAGACUUGCAGAACUAUAAAAAUCAAAAAAAAAAAAAUAUAAAUAUCAUUGUCUUAAUAUGAUGUCAUUGUUACAAGACAAAUAAUCGUAAUAUAUUAUAUUUUGUGUACAUUUUUAUAGAUACAUGAAUAUUAAAAUAUAUGGUUAAAAGAAAGUUCACCAAAUCACAACAUCAUGUUUCAAAUAUCAACAAUUAUAAAAGAAUGUAUAGGCAUGAAUUGUGUUGAUAAUGGAGUGGGAUAGGUUGGUCUGAGGAUGGAAAAAAGAAGAGGUGAAGCAAUUAAUGAAAAGAAGCUUGGUGCUGCGUGUGAGGAUGGCAUCAGUUUAGGAUUUGGUAUAAUAACACUAGUAGAAUUGAUUGGGGCAUCCAGUAUGAUUAGGCGAGUGACACCUCAUGUUUAUUGCGAUUCAACUUCCUUCAACGCACUGUGCUAGGCCAGUGGCUCACAACCUUCUAAGCACGGAUACAAAUAAUGUAUAUGCCAUUAGAUUUAUGAUCCAUUCUUCAAAUCUUACAGUUUCAAUAUUUGAACAAAUAAGUUUAACUGACAAGUUUAAUUUACUGGAACAAGAUAAAGUGAGGGCCCUCUAAACAUCAGCUGUAAAAAUAAAUUGUAAAAAAGUAAGAUUUUUUACAAUUUAUUUAUUUAUUAUUAUUAUUAUUAUUAUUAUUAUGAUAUUUAUAGAGCGCCGUCAAAUUCCGCAGCGCUUUACAAUGGGUGGACGAACAGACAUGUAGUUGUAACUAGACAAGUUGGACACACAGGAACAGAGGGGUUGAGGGCCCUGCUCAAUGAGCUUACAUGCUAGAGGGAGUGGGGUAAAAUGACACAAAAAGGUAAGGAUAGUAUUAAACUAAUGACUAUUUUAUUCUUAGAAAACACACCAAAUCAAAGGAUGUAAGGAAAUAGAAGCUCUAAUGGCUGUUUGUCUGACAGCCAUGAGAGGCGUGAUGUAACCAUUACAGUUUUUCAGAAGGGGGAAUAUUUUUUAUUGUCCAAGAAAAGAGACAAUUUUGCAUUGAGAUACCUUGGUUUUGGUGCUAAGAUUGCUCCUUUAUAUUUCUAUAUAUUACAUUCAAGCACACUACUAAAUAGCUCUUUGAGUAGUAGACUCAAACAAACAAUGUAUUGUAAACUGUAGUCUGGUGCCUAGAUGAAUAUUCCAUGUAUGUCUCAACCAACAAGGACCUACCCAAGUAGCUUGGGGACAAUUUUUGUGCUUCCUGUAAUUCUUGGCAUUGUAUAGCUAAAAGGUAUUUUACUUUGGCAAUGCAAAGCUCAUUGGCACCAGGAAUUACUCAAAUAUGGCUGCCAGAUAUUGAAAUAAAAGGCUAUGCAUAUUACUUCUCACAAAUUCUAAAUGUGAGAUGCAUUUUUAGAUAUAAUGCUUUUAUAUGAGAGCAGGUGGCUGCAUGCUCUCUUGGACAAUAUCCAGUUUCCAGGUAAGUCUGUUUGAUCUAUACAUUUGCUAACAGUUUUGCCAGCACAAUGUAUGGUUGAUAUGUAAGUGCAAAACACGGUGACAACAGAGUCCAUUAAAUAAUUUGAAAUAAUUAAAUAAUAAUUGAAAAUAAUUAAAUAAAUAAUUGUUCGGUUAAAUAUAUGGUUUACACGGUUAGCGUAAAUAUAUGGUUUACACGGCUAACAAUUUUAUUUUGUAUUUUUCCAAGGUUAAAGUUUGGUUUCAAAACCGUAGAAUGAAAUGGAAACGCGUGAAAGGAGGUCAACAAGGAGCAGCCGCACGAGAAAAGGAACUGGUAAAUGUUAAAAAAGGAACUCUUCUUCCAUCAGAGCUCUCUGGAAUUGGAGCAACUGGCCUUCAACACACAGCUGAUUCAUUAGCCAAUGACGAUAGUCAAGAUAGUGACGAAAGCUCAGAACAUGCACAUUUGUGAUUCCGGAAAGACUAUCAACCAGUUUUAUUCUCAGGAAAGAAGUGCUUCAAGGCAAGAUUUUCUCCAAAAAAAAAAUGUUUUUUGUUCAUCAAUGUUUUGGGGAACUAAUCUUUUUAUAUUUUAUUUUUUUAAAUAAAAGAUUUUUCCAUUUGUGUUAACCCUUCGAUUUUCAGGAGAACUCACUGUUCCUGGCGCUCAAAGGGUUAGAAGUGAGUAAGUAAUUAUGAUGCCGAGGAAAAAAACUGGUUUGGAUUGGAACAUUCCGAUAUUUUCGAUAAAGAACUCGAUUACUAGGGCAGGUAUAUUUGCUUUAGCUUGCACUGACAUUUACUUAAAGUCAACACAGUUUUGAUCCUUCAUUGAAUGAAAGCAGUGCCGAAUUUCACUAAUAAACCAAUAAAUAUAGUGUUAGCUCUGUAAAUAUUACGAUAUCCCUGUCUUCAUUACUUCUGCAAUGCAUCCAUGUAUGAAGUUGUCAUUGAAAAAAAAAAACAACAAAAAUACACUCGCUUAGUUUCUUUUAUUCUUUUUCAUUUAAAUAACAUGACAGUAUUGCACAUGGGAUUAAAGUUUAACCCUUUGAGAAUCAGUGGAUGGAGAGAUCUCAGUCCUCUGGCACUCAAUAGGUUACUGAUCACUGAUGAUGCAACAUUCUAUUCUCUACUCUUAAAGGUCCAAUAGGUUCAAUGCAAAUGACUGUGAUAUAUAUGGAAUCUGUAAUACGUAUCACCAUCAUUUUCUAUAUCAUAACAACUAUUGGUCAUGACAUUAAAUUAUAGACUGUAAAGGCUGUUCAUUAUGUGUGUAUAUCAUAACAUUAGACAAUGUGUCAAACUUCAUGACUGCCACAGUUUUACAGAUUUCAAGAUCCCAUCUCUUUUAGAAAUCACAACGUUUUUUCCCACAGAUAUUACAACUUUCAACACACCUGAGUGGUUUAAACUUGGUAUCUCAUUUAUAUCAGAAAAAAUAUUGUACUAUCUAAAGG